AUUACAGACAUGUCUUCGGAGACACUUGGCUGCUAUUCAAAUGAAAAUAAACAAAAGACUUCUGUCAAGGCAAGGUGAGACUGCAAAAUAACCUGCCAGUUCUACGUAAUCACAGGAAGAAGAAAUGGGAGUUGAUACUCCGGGAAAUAGACAUGAAAUAAAAAGAAAUACAUUUAAAAAAAUAAAAAUAAAUGUAAAAUAAAUCAAUAAUAAAAAAAUAAAAAAUAAAAAAUAAAUAAAAAAUAUAAAUACUCUUUUUUUUAAAUUUAUUUUGUAGGUACAGCUCUGAAUUUUUUUUAGAGACCACUCCAUUUUGUUUCUUAAAUCAGCAUCUCUACACCUAUGGCAAUCAGGGCCAGACUGGGAACCAAAAAAUUGGCCCUGGCAUUUUUUAAUCACAAGGUCCCAGUUGAAAGGGGGUGGAGCCAAUGAGCAGGUGUUUUGUCAUCACCAAUAAUAAUCAUGCCCCCACUCAAAUUGAGCAUUUUGGUGUAAUGCUCUUUCAGGGCAGCCCAUAUGCAGAGUUGAAUUGAAACACUCUGGAAUCAAGAUGAGAAUUAUAAAACAAAAUUAAUAGGUAGGUCUUUUAAAAUCUCUCCCUUGUUUGCAACAUUGGAGGUAUUAGCAGAGGGACUAAGUCACAUCCCCAAACUAGCACAGGUGAUCCUUUCUGCGGCACGUAAAAGUAUAUUACACUUCUGGAUCUGCCCCUCCCCCCCACUAUCACUAUUACAUAUGAAAAUUUCAUUCCUAUUUCAUAUGGAUUGGGUAGAAACCUCAUUAAAUAAAAGCACCCUAACAAAACUUGACAACCCUAUAUUAAUCCCCUAGAAAGAGCAACUCAAUCCAAAUUCAAAUCAAUGUUUCAAUUUACAGACUGGUACUUGGACAGAGUUGUGGCGGGUUGGCCCCAUAGCCCUAAAGUAUACAUUUCCAAACACAGGACAACUCAAGCUUGUUGCCUCCGAUAUUGAAAUAUUUCAUGCCUAAACACCAUAAAAUAAAGUAAGAUGUGAAACCUAUACCCUCAAAUUAAUUUAUAACAUACUGCUAGUGUUUAUUUUAUUUGAUAUGCUUCGCUGAAUCAUGACAACAAAAAAGGUUGACACUGGGGGUGUGGCCAACUGAGAGACUGAACGGACGUCUCUAUGCAAGGCUUCGUGCCCGAAAAGCGAAAAAGAGUUCUUUGGCCGAAAAAUACAGGCUUACCAGCUACCACACUUCACCCCCCACCAGCAGACACAACGGGGGGUAAAAAUAAGAAAGUUCAGCCCCCGGAGACACCGCGCUUUCAAGACAUAAGACUCUCCUUUGACAGGCCCGUGCCGCGGCUGCAAAUAAAGAUGGCGCCGGAGGCAAGUAAGGAACAGGAGACGCUGGAGGACUCCCAUGACGAGGAUGAAAUCCCCACACCACAGUCGGGUGGGGAAUCCGAUGCACCUGAGUCAGAUGAGGACUCAGCCCACGCCACAAAAGGAGACAUAAAGAGGCUCCUGCUGGACCUCAGAAAGGUAUGGAGGGAGGACUUACAGGAGGUCCAGACAGAGGUGGGGGUGGUCCACAAUAAAGUCUGGGCUAUAGAGGCAAAAGAGGCAGCCAGGAAUAGCCAGAUGCAGAAGACCAAGGUACAGAUGGAGGGCCUGGCCUCACAAGUGCAGCAGUUACACCGCACAGUGACAACGCUAGAAAUGUGUCACAGGCGCAGAAAUAUACACCUAAGGGGGAUCCCAGAAGCAAUAGGCACAGAGAACCUACUACAAUAUACAAAGACCCUGAUAGACUCACUGAGAAUCAAGGGGGGGGUCAACCCCACCACUAAUCACCUCGGGGUUCAGAGUCAGGAAAUCCCCAGUGGCGCCAGAGGGAACCUCCAGAGACGUAAUAGCAGUGACACGUGAUGUGACAGUCAAGAACGCGAUCAUGACCUUCUCCAGAACACAGGGAAAUAUAACCUACGAAGGGAGUACAGUGGCAAUCUAUAGCGACAUUCUGUUCCCAGUGCUGGUAGAAAAAUGCAAAUUGGCACCUGUGGCAAAGAAACUACGAGACCGCUGAAUAAAAUACAGCUGGGGCAGAGGGAUCCCUGGAGGUGACAGCUGGCGACAAGGCUUACACACUGACGUAGGCAGACGACCCCGAGGAGCUGUACAAACUCCUUGAAGUGUGUCCCCAGUCUCGGACAGAGACACCCGCCAAACAGCAACAAGCAGGCGGAAAAGAGACAGGCACAUACAAGGCUCAAGACUGGCCAGACCAUCAGAGGGGACUACAUCCUGGCGCUGAGCCACAGACCACAUCCACACCACUACUCCCGAGCAAUGUCCUGCCCAGACCAUAUUCCCAGAGAUCAACACAAGAGGAAACCAGGUAAAGGCAGGACAGCCGAAGGGGCCUCCGGAGUGGACUAUCUGCGACUAUCAACCAAAGCAGAGCAUUACAGCACUGCCCCUCUCUAAAUACCCCAAGAUAGUGGUGAUCAGAGGCUUCAAAAUUACCCACCAUUGUAUAUAUAUAUAUAAUGAUAGAGUUGUGUUUUACUCAUGAUACCCAUAUAUAAAAUGGCAAAGUUAUGUCUUUUUAAUGUAAAUUCAAUAAAAUACAAAUUUAAAAAAACAAACAAAAAAAAACCCAGUUUGAAACUAAAAACCAUUGCAUUGGUCAGCACUAACCUCUAGCAAUAGGGCCAGCUGAAUGGUAAAAUCAGUGCUAGCAGUAUCUCAAAAGUGAUUAGAAUCGGGAAAUAAGUAUUGACCAUGUCAAAAGAGUUGGAAAGUAAGGUUUUGAGUGAGGACAAGAAGAGUUCAUUUCAGGAUACAUUGAGAGUCAGAUUGCUUCAAUCCUUAAAAUUUUAAAGACGGCGGUUCAUGAUAACAAGGUCAAGACUGGGAUGACCACCAACGCUGGUGGUUUGAAUCUGUGGUUGAUCAGUGUCUACUGUAACUAAAUGCCCAAUGUUUAAGGUUUGUGAGUUUUGAAGCUGGUUGUUUGUGAGAGAGUGAGUGCACUGUAUUCUGUAUGUUGUAUUAAUUGUUCUCAGCAGCACCCUUACAAUGUAUGGCUGAUUAGGUAAGUGCAGCCCUCUCGGUUUCAUAUGCAUGUAUGUAUGUAUAUAUAUAUAUAUAUAUCCUGGGGAAAUCAGCUCUCAUCAUAUAAAUAUAUAUAUUGUAUUGGGAAGAUUUGAGUUGAUUUCCAUAGGAAAGAAAACACAAUACACUAUAAAACUUCAUUAUAAGAAUGUGGAUAUUUCCAUUUCCAGCAGACACAUGGCGUACAUUACACACAGCAGAGUGCUCUGUGUAAAAUGAAUCAGUUAGAGACAGAGGAAUGCAAUCAAUUUGCAGUAAGUGGAUGCUCAUUAUGAAGUAGAAUCACAUUCCAGUAAAAAAUGUACAUGGCCGCUGACCAGAAUCUGCACAAUGUAGGUUAGAGGAGGGGAGUUGCAGAUAUUUAAUCCAGUUUGAUUUCUCCAUCUGUCCAUCCAUCCAUAGUCCAUUUAUCUAACCCGCCCACUACACACUCAUCCAUCCAGUCCAUUCAUCCAUCCCCCCACCUAUUCAACCAACCCACCCACUCAUCCAUGCAUCCAAUCCACUCACCCAACCACUCAUCCAUCCAUCUGUCCAUCCAUUCAUCCAUCUGUGCUUCCAUAGUCCAUCUAUCUAACCCGCCCACUAAACACCCAUCCAUCCAGUCCAUUCAUCCAUCCCUCCACCUAUUUAUCCAAUCCACCCACUCAUCCAUGCCUUCAGUCCACCCACCGAACCACUCAUCCAUCUAUCCAGCCCACCCAACCACUCAUCCACCCAUCUGUUCUUCCAUAGUCCAUCUAUCUAACCCGCCCACUACACACCCAUCCAUCCAUCCAGUCCAUUCAUCCAUCCCUCCACCUAUUUAUCCAAUCCACCCACUCAUCCAUGCCUUCAAUCCACCCACCGAACCACUCAUCCAUCUAUCCAGCCCACCCAACCACUCAUCCACCCAUCUGUUCUUCCAUAGUCCAUCUAUCUAACCCACCCACUACACAUCUAUCCAUCCAGUGCAUUUAUCCAUCCCCCACCUAUUCAUCCAACCCACCCAUUCAUCCUUGCAUCCAAUCCACCCACCCAACCACUCAUCUGUCUAUCCAGCCCACCCAACCACUCAUCCAUCCAUCCAUCCAUCCUUUGAUCUCUCUGUCUGUCUAUCUUCAUUUAUGGGAAUUCACCUUAAAACAAAUCACAUUUAUUACGACCAUAAAUUGUGCAAAAGGUUAAAAGAUGAUUUUUUUUCCUCUAAAAAAGUUAUUUAAUAAAUAUCCUUAGUUUGACUGCAGGCCAUAGGUCAAAGUCAAGAAGUAGACUUGGGAUCAUUAUGUCCAUCCCUAUUUGCAAGACCACCAUGUAAAGGGAGAUAGGUAUGUGAGUCAGGAGACAAGGAAUGAAAAUUAGAAUGGUGCAUGGAUGUGGAUCUAGAGAAUGCAGGGCAGCCUGUGAAACAUAUUAAUCAGAUGUUUACUUGAGAUCGUUACAUUCAAAUGGAGAAUUGUAGACUUUUAAACACCUGGAUUAACUCUGAAUUAAAUCUAAGAAGAAGUCUAGUUUGUUAAUGGUAGAGAAAGGUUCUCUUGAAAACAGACACUAAAUAGUUAGCAUCAAUACUGUGCUUAUCAGGAUAUCAGCAAGCGCCAAGGUCAAAGGUUUCAAAUAUUUUUUAGGAAGACAGGUGCGAUAGUUUGAUGACAUUCAGAAAUGUGAAUAGACCAGUUUGUACAUGUGAGUGCACAAGGCUGACUCAAUGCAUAAAAUUAUAUUUUAUGUACACAAUGUAUAUCAAAUUGCUUCUUUCUUUUACAGUAAGGUAUUUUUUUUUUUUGCGUAAUGUAUAUAUAUGUGCAACUAUGAAACUUACUAAAUUUAACAAAUCUAAAUUUAAUUAAUAAGUUACUGCUAAUGCAAAUGCAGAAAAAGUACUAGUUAAGAUCCAUUUGUACCUUAUUACUAAAUGUUUUUCCUAAGUUUUAUGAUUCCAAGACUUUAUUUCAAAUUAUGCAAUUUGUACAAACAUCCACUUAACUGUAAAUCUAAUUCGCUAUCAUGCUUGAAUAUGCAUGUUGUGAAGUUACCAGGUAUAUGAUAGGUUAUGUCUUACAUCUACGCAACCCAGUAACCAGCAAUGAGACCGGUUGGAGUCUUUCUCUGUUCAUACUCUGUAAGGGUUAAAGGGACAUUGUCAUUUUUAAUAAAGGACACUUUUGAAGGAAGCAAUCUGCAGACGAACAUUGUAACCAAUUCAGUCUUGCUGAAUGUCUUUUAUAUAAGCGUCUCUUAUUAAAAUGGUGAUAUGGCAAACCCGACUCAUGGGUCAAUGCCUAGUCAAUGUGUAUAUUCAUCACACAAUCGCUGGCUGUCUGCAGAGGUCUGCAAAUGUCUGGAAUCCUUCCUUGUAUGGAUAUAUUUCAUACAUAGAUACAUAGAUGGAUGUUAUGUGAAAAUAAAAGGAUUUGCCUGUUCUGAAUUUCAAUAAAUUUUAGAGGAUAUAUUUAAUUAGUGCCGCAAGAGAUAUGGAAGGAAAAAAAGCAUAAUUUUAGACCAUAUUUAUCAUACUUGUUCCUGUUACAUUAAACUAUUUUACAGUGGAUUUAUCCAAUACUCUGUAUUAGCACAAAGGAACAAACUGCGGGAGAUUUAUCAUAGUGUUCUAAAAACUGGUCUAAAUUAUCAAAAGUGGGGCAGUGACCAUGGAAACCAGUGGACCACCAGCUUCUUGCACUUUAGCUAAAUCUAGAAGCUUAAAGGACAACAAUCAUCAAAUUAUCCUUUGAUUUUCUUUUUUUUUUGGACAAUUUUUCUUAAUCAGACUGAGCAGCCAUGUUGGGUCAGAUUGCUAUCUGACCUACUACUGCUCAGCCUAGCAUGCCUGCUGCUGUGAUUGUUCUGUGCAGAAAUGCAGAAGCAGGCAAGUUAGGUUGAGCAGCGGUUGGUCAGAUAAUAGUAGAGUUUGACUCAACAUGUCUGCUCAGCCAGGUAAAAAAAAGUGAUAAAGAGAAAAACCAAUAUAGAUAAUUUAAAAAAAUAUAAUUAAGUUUUAUUAAAUGUACUAAACUUUAAAAAAAAAACAAGAAGGGAAAAUUUUAUUACGGUGGUCCUUUACUUUUACCAUGCUGUGAUGCCCUGUCAGGGGUCCAGUAGUGCAGCGGAACAGCGCUCCCUUAUGAUCACGACCAUCUGACUUACUGCGUGCUCAACCUAGCGUGCCCGCUGCUGUGAUUGCUCUGUGUGUUCGGUUUGGUUAUGGUGGUCCUUUUAUUUUACCAUGCUGUGCUAACCCACCAGGGGUCCAGUUGCAGCGGAACAGCCCUACCUUAUCACGACCAUGAGGGAGCACCUAGAGCUGAGAACAGAGUCCUGAUCUGUGGUGAAAUGAGAGCUCUUAAUAAUAGCAGAAGGUACAAGGCAACAGUAUUCGAGCAGAACAGGCUAAAGACAUGGUCAGGCAUUCCAAAGAGGGCAGCGAGAAAGUGAAGUCAGGUGAGCUAGCUGAAGUAAGAAAAUGGAAAAUCAUUUACUGGAGGGCUGGACAGGAAACAAGGAAAAUUCCAGACACAUACACAGAAUCUCAGAAGUCCAAAGCAAGACACUGUCUUGCUUGGGGAGCCCUCUGGGAUUAAAUAGGCUGAAGAGUCACAUGAACAGCACACUCCCCGACACAUGCAAAGUAUUGGUUGAUAUUACUUUUUCACUACUGAUAAUGUCCCUGUCAAUGUUCAUUUGUGUGAGAAUGCAGGUUAGUAUUUGUGUGGAAUGUUAAAGUGUGUGUGAAUGCAGGCUAGUAUUUGUGUGGAAUGUUAAAGUGUGUGUGAAUGCAGGUUAGUAUUUGUGUGGAAUGUUAAAGUGUGUGUGAAUGCAGGUUAAUAUUUGUGUGGAAUGUUAACAUGUGUGUGAAUGCAGGUUAGUAUUUGUAUGGAAUGUUAAAGUAUGUGUGACCGCAGGUUAGUAUUUGUGUGGAAUGUUAAAGUGUGUGUGACCGCAGGUUAGUAUUUGUGUGGAAUGUUAAAGUGUGUGUGAAUGCAGGCUAGUAUUUGUGUGGAAUGUUAAAGUGUGUGUGAAUGCAGGUUUGUAUUUGUGUGGAAUGUUAAAGUGUAUGAGAAUGCAGGUUCGUAUUUGUGUGGAAUGUUAAAGUGUGUGAGAAUGCAGGUUUGUAUUUGUGUGGAAUGUUAAAGUGUGUGUGAAUGCAGGUUGUAUUUGUGUGGAAUGCUAAAGUGUGUGAGAAUGCAGGUUAGUAUUUGUGUGGAAUGUUAAAGUAUGUGUGACCGCAGGUUAGUAUUUGUGUGGAAUCUUAAAGUGUAUGAAAAUGCAGGUUAGUAUUUGUGUAGAAUGUUAAAGUGUGUGAGAAUGCAGGUUAGGAUUUGUGUGGAAUGUUAAAGUGUGUGAGAAUGCAGGUUAGUAUUUGUGUGGAAUGUUAAAGUGUGUGUGAAUGCAGGUUAAUAUUUGUGUGGAAUGUUAACAUGUGUGUGAAUGCAGGUUAGUAUUUGUAUGGAAUGUUAAAGUAUGUGUGACCGCAAGUUAGUAUUUGUGUGGAAUGUUAAAGUGUGUGUGAAUGCAGAUUAGUAUUUGUGUGGAAUGUUAAAGUGUGUGUGACCGCAGGUUAGUAUUUGUGUGGAAUGUUAAAGUGUGUGUGAAUGCAGGCUAGUAUUUGUGUGGAAUGUUAAAGUGUGUGUGAAUGCAGGUUUGUAUUUGUGUGGAAUGUUAAAGUGUAUGAGAAUGCAGGUUCGUAUUUGUGUGGAAUGUUAAAGUGUGUGAGAAUGCAGGUUUGUAUUUGUGUGGAAUGUUAAAGUGUGUGUGAAUGCAGGUUAGUAUUUGUGUGGAAUGUUAAAGUGUGUGUGAAUGCAGGUUAGUAUUUGUGUGGAAUGUUAAAGUGUGUGUGAAUGCAGGUUAGUAUUUGUGUGGAAUGUUAGAGUGUGUGAAUGCAGGUUUGUAUUUGUGUGGAAUGUUAAAGUGUGUGUGAAUGCAGGCUAGUAUUUGUGUGGAAUGUUAAAGUGUGUGUGAAUGCAGGUUUGUAUUUGUGUGGAAUGUUAAAGUGUGUGUGAAUGCAGGUUGUAUUUGUGUGGAAUGCUAAAGUGUGUGAGAAUGCAGGUUAGUAUUUGUGUGGAAUGUUAAAGUAUGUGUGACCGCAGGUUAGUAUUUGUGUGGAAUCUUAAAGUGUAUGAAAAUGCAGGUUAGUAUUUGUGUAGAAUGUUAAAGUGUGUGAGAAUGCAGGUUAGGAUUUGUGUGGAAUGUUAAAGUGUGUGAGAAUGCAGGUUAGUAUUUGUGUGAAAUGUUAAAGUGUGUGAAAAUGCAGGUUUGUAUUUGUGUGGAAUGUUAGUGUGUGAGAAUGCAGGUUACUAUUUGUGUGGAAUGUUAAAGUGUGUGUGAAUGCAGGUUAGUAUUUGUGUGGAAUGUUAAAGUGUGUGUGAAUGCAGGAUAGUAUUUGUGUGGAAUGUAAAAGUGUGUGAGAAUGCAGGUUUGUAUUUGUGUGAAAUGUAAAAGUGUGUGAGAAUGCAGGUUUGUAUUUGUGUGGAAUGUUAAAGUGUGUGUGAAUGCAGGUUGUAUUUGUGUGGAAAGUUAAAGUGUGUGUGAAUGCAGGUUAGUGUUUGUGUGGAAUGUUAAAGUGUUUGUUAAUGCAGGUUAGUAUUUGUGUGGAAUGUUAAAGUGUGUGUGAAUGCAGGCUAGUAUUUGUGUGGAAUGUUAAAGUGUGUGUGAAUGCAGGCUAGUAUUUGUGUGGAAUGUUAAAGUGUGUGUGAAUGCAGGUUUGUAUUUGUGUGGAAUGUUAAAGUGUGUGAGAAUGCAGGUUAGUAUUUGUGUGGAAUGUUAAAGUGUGUGAGAAUGCAGGUUUGUAUUUGUGUGGAAUGUUAAAGUGUGUGUGAAUGCAGGUUCGUAUUUGUGUGGAAUGUUAAAGUGUGUGAGAAUGCAGGUUUGUAUUUGUAUGGAAUGUUAAAGUGUGUGAGAAUGCAGGUUAGUAUUUGUGUGGAAUAUUAAAGUGUUUGUUAAUGCAGGUUUGUAUUUGUGUGGAAUGUUAAAGUGUGUGUGAAUGCAGGCUAGUAUUUGUGUGGAAUGUUAAAGUAUGUGUGACCACAGGUUAGUAUUUGUGUGGAAUGUUAAAGUGUGUGUGAAUGCAGGCUAGUAUUUAUGUGGAAUGUUAAAGUGUGUGAAUGCAGGUUUGUAUUUGUGUGGAAUGUUAAAGUGUGUGUGAAUGCAGGCUAGUAUUUGUGUGGAAUGUUAAAGUGUGUGUGAAUGCAGGUUUGUAUUUGUGUGGAAUGUUAAAGUGUGUGUGAAUGCAGGUUGUAUUUGUGUGGAAUGUUAAAGUGUGUGAGAAUGCAGGUUAGUAUUUGUGUGGAAUGUUAAAGUAUGUGUGACCGCAGGUUAGUAUUUGUGUGGAAUGUUAAAGUGCAUGAAAAUGCAGGUUAGUAUUUGUGUGGAAUGUUAAAGUAUGUGUGACCGCAGGUUAGUAUUUGUGUGGAAUGUUAAAGUGUGUGAGAAUGCAGGUUACUAUUUGUGUGGAAUGUUAAAGUGUGUGAGAAUGCAGUUUUGUAUUUGUGUAGAAUGUUAAAGUGUGUGUGAAUGCAGUUUUGUAUUUGUGUGGAAUGUUAAAGUGUGUGUGAAUGCAGUUUUGUAUUUGUGUAGAAUGUUAAAGUGUGUGUGAAUGCAGUUUUGUAUUUGUGUGGAAUAUUAAAGUGUGUUUUAAAUGCGGGUUUGUGUUUGUGUGGAUGCUUACUAAAUGCAGGUGAAUAUAAGAAAAAUAUUUUUACAUAACUCUUAGUGUAGAAUUUGACAUAUAAAGCCUCAAUCAGAGAAUGUUAUUCAAAGUCCUACAUUCCUGAGUUAAAGAUAUUUUUUUCAUUUCUUUUGUUCUGCCUCCCAAAAACGCAAUCAGACACCAAGAUAUGGCACCUCAGACUUAGUACGUAAAUUUAUUUAUACAGUGCCUAGCCAAUAAAUGUUUGUGUGCAUGUGAAAAGUGUUGUUAAAUGAGUCUGAAUACAUCCAUGUUUGUGCAUGAAGAGUUAAUGUGAGUGCACGAACACAUAAAUUAAGUGCAAGAUUGCAUGGAUAUGUAAGAAGAUUGAGUGUGCAGUAUAUUAACCCUGUCCCUAUCCCGUGUCAUCGAUCUUCUUAGCUAAUGGUAAGUGACAUGUGAAGGAAUGGUGAGAGUGAUAUAUUUCUAAAACUUUUAUCUAAAUAUCACUGCCCCUUUCUCUUGGUCACUGCCCCUCUUCCCCUUAUUAUUUCAGCCUCUUCUCUUUGUUACCGCCCUUUUCCUCUUAUUGUCCUUGCUAAAAGUCCCAAAUCUGCCAGGACAGUUCUGCAUUUUGAGGUGCUGUCCCAGCAAAUAUAGGUUCUUUGGACCUGUCGGACAUUUUAAAAUCUGCUGACAUUUUUCAAAAUGGAAAGGAGACUGGGCACUAGGACCAUGCAUGGGGCGCUUCUGUCGCACUCUGUGCAUCAUCUGCUGUAAGGAACAGGCUUUCAGUCACCUGCCUAAGAAGCGCAACCUUUGACAGUCUGACUUUGCCAAGUAGACCCACUUUCUUUAACGGGUGGACACACCUUCUCUCAUCCCUGCCCACCUGUGUCCCAGAAUGUGGGCACGGAAUGUUGGCAGGUAUUAUACAAAAUGUAAUCAUUCAAAAAAAAUCAUAUUCUACUAAAUAUCAUAGAUUUAUUUAGCAAUUUAAUAAUUAAGAUAUGUCAUGAUAACAUUGCCUUUAAGGUAAUUGAAUAAAACCAUAUUAGAUGCAAUCAGAAGUAUGUCAUACAAGCAGGUGAAUGAGUGGAUUAAAUAUGCACAAAUAAAGUUUUGAACACAGGGCAAAAAGUCUUCUUUUAAAUGAUUUUCUAUCCUCCACAACUUGAGCAUUAUAAAGUAAUCUCUAUCAGGAGUGACAGCUCGGUGUGCAUGACUGCCUUUGUAUAGAUGAAAGUUUGUUGAAGUGUGAAGCCUGCAUUCAGAUUAGUGUAAUUAUCAGAUAUUUCACCAAAGAAUGCUGAUCGACACAACUGGCGACACCAAAAUACUUCUUUUAUAGCACAACGGACAUCAGCCUUCUAAAUAAAAUCGCUGUGUUUGUCCUCUUCCUAAAUGACAGCGUCUGAGCACAUGCAGAAUCUUUUUUUCAUUAUUAAUAUUUUUAUUAAAUAAUCUAAUAAUCUGCAGUGUUCUUUAGUGUAUCACACAGUAAAAGGGGUGUUUGUAUAUAUAUAUAUUGUUCCCUGUAGUGAGAAUUCUGGGAAUUCAGAGGGAAUUUAAAAUUUAAAGCUAGAAUGACUAACCUGGAAUUAUUCUUACUUUAAUGAAAAACACCAUGACAGGGUUAUUUACUAAAGUCCAAAUAGCGCUGUACCAAAUGGGCCAAAAUGAUCUGGCUACAUAAGGGUCCAUUCGGACUGCAAAAUCCAGACAUUCUUCAUGCUAUUUAACAAUGUUCGGAGUUUGCAAUUCCGGUUCCGAAUGCCUCUGAAUUUAAUCUGGAAAUCAGCCGAACACACUUACACAGUUGAAAUCUUAACAUGAAUGCUUCAAAUCUGGGCCUGGAUUUAAAUAAAAAUCCAAACUAUUUGCCCGCUGAGAGUGCUAGAAUGUUUUUUUUACCUCACAGUGGUGAUGGUGAGGUGGCAGACUCCUAAAUAGUAAAGGUAGCACUGUAUUCGUGAAGGUAAUGCUGAACUAAUUAGCUGUGAAUAAAAAGUCCUAAAAUCUCUGUAAAAUUCUUAAUUCAAUUUCAUAUUUCCAUUUCCACUGCAAAGAUACUUCAAAUUUCUUUCACCUGGGAGAAAUAUCUACUGAUUAAUGUGUUCUUUUGGUGCUGCAAUUGGUUUACUAACUUUAUUUGCAAUCGCAUUCAGUUACAUUUCACAUUCCUUUACUGAGGAGCUGUUACCUAACCUAACAGUUAAAUUUCUCAUUCCAUCACCCCAAUAAAUGAAACUCUUUUUGAUGUGAGAAGUGCACAUUUAACACAAAUGCUAAUGAAGUUCCUGUGGGCAAUCCUCAGCUCCCUCAAACACCGCAGUGAUGCCGAGAGCCGGAGUGACGUCAUAUUCCGGCUCCCGGCAUCACUACGGGGAGCUGAGCAGGGAGAAUUUACACUCAGCGUUCCCUCGCCGCAGGCCACGGGCCACAUAAAUAUUAGUUGUGGGCUGCAUGCGGCCUGCGGCCCUCGGCCCGCAAGUUUGACAUGGCUGCUCUAGUGGUUGUCUACCAGAGCACUUUGCAUGAGGAUGUCCAUCGUCAGUUAAAACCCCAUAGGAAAGCAUUGAUUCAAUGCUUUCCUAUGAGGACGGCCUAAUACACUUGCCGCACAUGCCCAUUAGGUCCCCCCUGUUGGAUGAUGUUGGUGGUGGCGGAGCCGAAAGUGUGUGUGUGUGGGGAGGGAGGGCAGGGGGGUUGGCCAGAUGGCACUAUAGUGUUAGGAAUACAGAUUUGUAUUCCUAACACUAUUGAAUCCCAUUAACACUAACUAUACUUUCCAGGUGUAGUUGAUGUCAGCAUUCCAUUAUGUAUUCUCCCUUGGGCAUGUGCUUGGCAAGUUCUCUAUGAGUACGUGAGUGCUUGGCCAUUUUUACCAUAGCUUUGGACAUGCGCGUGUGCCCUCACAAUACCUGCACAUGGAAGAAUGAGGAUUAAAUUAGUUCACAUCAUGUGCCCUCGGCCCGCAAGUUUGACAUGGCUGCUCUAGUGGUUGUCUACCAGAGCACUUUGCAUGAGGAUGUCCAUCGUCAGUUAAAACCCCAUAGGAAAGCAUUGAUUCAAUGCUUUCCUAUGAGGACGGCCUAAUACACUUGCCGCACAUGCCCAUUAGGUCCCCCCUGUUGGAUGAUGUUGGUGGUGGCGGAGCCGAAAGUGUGUGUGUGUGGGGAGGGAGGGCAGGGGGGUUGGCCAGAUGGCACUAUAGUGUUAGGAAUACAGAUUUGUAUUCCUAACACUAUUGAAUCCCAUUAACACUAACUAUACUUUCCAGGUGUAGUUGAUGUCAGCAUUCCAUUAUGUAUUCUCCCUUGGGCAUGUGCUUGGCAAGUUCUCUAUGAGUACGUGAGUGCUUGGCCAUUUUUACCAUAGCUUUGGACAUGCGCGUGUGCCCUCACAAUACCUGCACAUGGAAGAAUGAGGAUUAAAUUAGUUCACAUCAUGUGCUCUGGGUGUGCCAGGACAAAUGAAAAAAAAUAAAGAAAAUAACUCCCCCAUCACCAACAUAACCACCGCCCAGUCUCAAUAAAUGCACAAAUGAAACUUGUUCUCCAUUUUUUCCCUAUUUAUUUAACUUUUUGCCCUGCCAAAUGAUACUGAAACCAACCAUGCCCCUUAGUUCUCUGACAUUUAGGAUUUAAAUCUCAUUGUUUAUGCAACGAGAACCCCACUUCCCCUCCAUGUAACCUACACAGUCUCCCUACACACUUCCUGAAAACAGACUACAUUUUCUAGCUUCUUAUAUUGCAGAGUAUGUUUAAUUUAGAAUUCCAUAUUUCCUGCUCUGUUAACUAGCCUACUAGAGCAGGGGCUUGUAACAUAUGGCAAGCUGGGUGCCUUUGCAUGACACGCAAGGCUGGCGUCUAUAAUUGGCCAGAUGGUGAGCUCAGAAGAUCUCCAGGCCAAGUGAUUGUUUUAGGAGCCCAUCACAGUGAUCACAUUAACUUUCACCUAAAAGAUUUAAUUACUGUGAUUGGCUCCUAGUAUGGCCACCCAGCCCAGGAGCCAAAAGGUCCCUGUUGCUGGACUGCUCAUUGCUGAUGCACCAAGCAAUAACCCAUAGACAGACGAUCCUGUUCUUGCAAUUCUGCAUCCUAGCAUCAUCUCUCAGGCUGUCAGUCACAGUAUAUGAUCACUAUUAUUGGCAGUUAAAGGGAUAAUAUUCAGGGUACUAUACAUCUUGGGCUAUGACUGGACAGCCUUAAUGCUAAAGCUUCCUGUAGUAGCAUGGUACUCAUCAGUUUGACUGCAAGUGAUAGGUAAGGAAUUCCUGGGGUUCACUGUCCGAGCAAUUGCUUCCCUGGUGGGACCUGCUGAUGGCUAUUCCUCUGAAGUCUCAUUAGUGAUAAAUGCAACUAGCCUGGUUCACUGAUAAUAGUGAGACCAGCUUUCUAAUUAGUCUUUUGAACAAUGACAUACAGUGGAUGUCAUUAGACACCAAAUGUAUAACGAGCACCACCUACACUGUAAGGACAACUAAAAACAAAACAAUCCAUAAUAUUGAGAAAAAACAAUGCCUUUCUGACAUUUUUGAAAAAGUAAAUGUAACUUUACAUUGAAUUACCAAUAGGCCGUAGUAAACAUAGACUGUAUGUGUGCCCCUUCUCUAAACCCUCGUGAAAUCUGUAAAAAGAUUUGAGAUUAUAAUUCACUAAGAGUUUAUAGUGGAUAGGACAACCAUUUGUGAUAUUUUUCCAAUGUUGCUGUCUUGCUAUGUGUCCAUCACUCUUAUAGUUUCUGACAGUUUCUUCCAGGUUUCUGCCAAAUUUAAAUACUUUUUCUUUCUGACAUAAAUAAUAUGUUAAAUUACAUCUGGCAAAUUCCAGCCUGGAUUUUUUAAACGCUUGGCAAGUGGGCAAAAAUUACUUUUCACAGAUCAUUUAAAAGUAGGAUUUAUGUAUAAUGGUGCCAGACUGAUGUUGGCUUUGUUACUGAAGGACAUUUUGUGAUUGCUCGACACAUACGUUCGGUGUAGGUACACAGAGUUCUCAAUUAAACCACUCUGUGUGAGUAUGUGAAAGUGACCUUUUUGAAAAUCUGUCUUAUAACAGAUUUGUAUUUGUCGGUAGUAUUGGUGUUUAAAAGCAGGGGUGUGUUUGUGGGAGUGUUUGAAUGCAGGGGUGUGUUUGUAGUGUUAGUGUGUGCUGCAGAGGUGUGUUUGUGUACAGUGUUGGUAUUUGAAUGCAGGGGUGUACAUGUGUGAAUUGCUGGUGUUUGUAUUCAGGUUUUGUAUACAGUGUUGAUUAUUUAUUUAUUUUUUAAAUUCUUUAUUUUUGUCGUGCAGUGGUAUUACAAGACAGCAAUACAAUUAAUCAAAAGUGGGACACUCAAAGGACAUAUAAUUGUAGAGAAUUAAACUUUAAAUCUGCACAAUAUUUUUAGUAAAGAGAAACAAGCUUGUUAAUUGGGUUAAACGAAGAGCAGAAUAGACCACCCUAGACAGCUCCAGGGACACAGUAGAAGCAUGCUACUUAGUUAGUAGCAUAGUAAAGAAAAGAAAAAAUGUGUUGUCAUCUGAAGUAUGCCUACAGAGAUUUUAGGGUACAUGCUACAAAUAUAUGAAAGUUAAAUUAUGCAUUUUACACCAAGAGUCAAUAGCUUAGGAGGUUUCAUGCAGCCUGACACGCUUAGUGAUGGUCAACCUAUCUCCAUUGCAUGGAGAUCAGAGUCCCAUGUUGCCUGGAUCUUCAGGCUCAGAGCUGGAGAUGUUAACAGGAGAUCCUGCGUUUGCAGUAGCCUUACCUCUACCUCUCCAUCCUCCCGCUCAUCUUUCAUGACGAUUCUGGAGGUUAGUGGAUGCGGGGCUGGCCAGCAUUUCGCCUUCCUCACUAUGCGCCUCCGCCACCUCCAGCGUGUGGAGCCUCUAGUGAAAGCAGCAGGACGGCCCGGGGUGUGGCGGGGCAUUUCGGGGGAAGCUUUCACAAUCUCAGGUAGGGUCUGCCUGUGCUGCAGUGUUCUCCAAAAAGUGUCGAAGAGGGCCUCCACGCACUGGAGUAUCGGGAGCGCUGUACCACCAAGGAUAGUGGUACUUGUGGCAUACGUCAUUUUGUAUGUAUCUCCGAUGGGCUUGCAGGCACUAACCGCACUACUGCUGCUCUCUGAUGUGCCCUGGGAGCUGUCAGGUUGGGGACCGGGAUCACUCCCACCGGUCCAAAGGGGGGGGGAAGCUAGGUGUCAGGUGCUUCAUUGGAGCCUCAUCUGCGACGGACUGGGAGAUCGACAACAUCUCCCCCCCCACGCCGCCCACUGGGCCGCACUGAUACUCUGCGUCUGUAUCAGCUUAGAAGACCGCUGGGUGCACGCCUAGAAUGGUCAGUUGGUUUGUGUAGGCAAGAUUAUGUAGCAAGUUGCAUAAUUUCAGCUUUAUAAGCCUUAAAAUUUGUAUUUCUCAGUAUGUCUCAAGGAGCACGCAGGAGACACAUCCAGUCGCCAUGACAGUCAGGCCCCGCCCCCACAGUGUUAAUUUUUUAAUGCAGUGCUGUGUUUGUGUGUAGUGUUAAUGUUUAAAUACAGAGGUGGUUUUGUGUUUCACGUGCACAGAUACAACCAACACACAUGCACAGAUAUACACACACUUGCACACUCAGAUCCUCAAACACUGACAGACAUGCACAGAUCCACACACUGACACACACUUACAAAUACACACACAGAUCCUGAAACACUGACACGCAUGGACAGAUACACACACUGAUACACAUUCUCAAUUCAGCUCUCCCACUUGAAAUGUCUCCCCUGGUCCCCUGCGAAUCUUGCAGCCCUGUCUCCCUAUAUUUUUAGGCAGGACUACUGGCUGUGCCAAUGUGGCCAGAAAGGGUCCCAUGGCGCUAGUGACAAUAUGUGCUGUAGGUGAGCCCCUGACCCACUAGGGCCCUGUUGCACUAGCACUGUCUGCACUGUUAGUAGAUUCGCACCUGUAUCUACCUGUCUAUCUAUCUGUCUGUUCAUCUGUCUACCUGUCCAUCCAUCUGUCUAUCAAUCAUCCUAGAAUGAGCCAAGCACUAUUCACUGUCCAGCAUUCCAUGUAACUGACACUGCUCAUUUCUAUAUAUCAUAUAUAUUCUUUAUAGAACGUCUGUUUCUUGAUCAUGAAGAAUAAAGAAGUCUAGCACUGGCUGAUCUUUGUGAAGCUGAAGCAAUAUUUCUCUCAAUGGAAAUACCUUCUACACUCUUAAAGUCCUUCUUCUUGGUCUAAUACUGUUUGAGCUUUGAAAAAUUAUUUUGGUAAAUGCUUAUUAGUUUAAGUUUCUCUAAUGCCAAACACAAUUAGAAUCAGCUGGCCACAUUUUGGUCCAAAAGCAAAUUACGGAACAGUCUGAAAUGAAUGCCUUGUGGUUCUUGGCCUGGAGCAGCAUGUUUGUACUUUAUGAUCGUUAUCUAUCCUGAUAGGGCACUAGACAAUCAGAUUAAAGUAUUAGAAUGUCAGGCAUUUGUGACUCUGCGAUCACCUAAUGGUUUAAAUGGAUGAGUCAUAUACUAAAUAAAGCAUAUUAAAAGGUUAAUCUCCCAAUAUAUUUUUAACACUGCAUGCUUUUAUCCAUUACUCAUACUAACAACUACAGCAUAGAAUAUUUUUGGUAUGCACAUGGUUUAAAGCAAGACAGUCAUAAUUCAAUUAAAAAACACGAACAAACAAAUAAACAAAAACGAAAAAUAGCAAUGUUACACAAGGUGUAAGUUUAAUACGCAGAGCUGAAUAUUGAAUUUUUGCAUUUUUGGGUUUUUAAUAUAAUCUAGAACCUAACAAAUGACUCUAUAUGAUUGACGUAAUUUAAACAGAAAAAUGCAAAAAAUGAAUAAUACAAAAUUCAGGGAUGGACUAGCCAAGGAUAGGGCCACAUUAUGCUAUUGGGUUUGGGGCCCCUCAGCUCGGGUCAGCCGCGGUAUUAGAUUUCAAAUGAUGGCUGCCAAGCAUGCUUGGUGGCCAUCUUUAAAGCUAGUCCUGUCUAGUGAUAUAGGAUUUGACAUUUUGAGCCCAAUUCCUAGAAAUAUGUAUGAACGUAUAUUUUUUAAAAAUCAUUUUGUUUGAUUAAAGGAUUCUUAUUUUCACACCGGAGUCUCCAAAUGUGGAGAAGUUUGCAAAUAGCUGUAAAACAUAUUUUUCUCUUGCUAAAACAGUAGAGCAAACAGCAGGCGGGUCUCAAGAGGCAGGUGGGGCAGUUGAUUCAUUUUGCAGUAAAUAAAAAAAGUUAAAUAUAUUUUGGCGGUACUAAUAACUCAUGAUAAGUAUGUAGGGAAAGAAGACAUGUCUCUUAUCCUUAGUUCUGCAGUUCCUGUUCUCAUCAAUGGCUUGAAAUGCAGCUGAGAGGCAGAGCAACUAACCAUUUGAACGAAGUGCCCCAUUAUCUGGGUAUAAAAGACACAUGCUUACUCUGCUCUAAUGGACUUCUGACAUCACUAAUAGGUUUUGUAUUGGGUCGUACAAGUUUAACGGAUAGGCCUUCAUUGGGUAACAGUAUCAGGGGGUGUAGUUAGGCAUCUUUAGAGUCUGCCAAUAGUUUUAUGGCAUUCAACAGAAUAUGGCUUUUCAUCAAGUCAGGGGUGGAGAACAUGGUGUUAAAUAAGUGGAGCGCAGUGGUGUAGCGUGGGUUGUCAGUGCCCAGGGCAAGUAUUGUGUCCCCUAACCUGUGCAGCUACACGCACAGACACACAGAUACACACACAGACACACUGAUACACAGUUACACACACAGACUCAAAGAUACACAGACACAAACACUGACACAAAGAUACACACACUGACACACAGUUACACACACAGACUCAAAGAUACACAGAUGCAAACACUGACACAAAGAUACACACACUGACACACACUGACACACACUGACACACAGUUACACACACAGACUCAAAGAUACACAGACGCAAACACUGACACAAAGAUACACACACAGACACACACUAACACACAGUUACACACACAGACUCAAAGAUACACAGACACAAACACUGACACAAAGAUACACACACAGACACACACACACACACAGAUAAAGAGACAUGCACACUGAGACAUAGAUUCACUGACACACACAGAUACACACAUACACACACACACACAGAUGACUUGACAAAGACUCAUAUAGGAGCCAAAAAGUUCUUAUUUUGUGGUUCCAAAUAAAGACUGCCUUUCAGAAGUAAUCACUUGGUGUGCCUGGACAUUUUUCACCUAUUUACACAGAAACACGCUGAUACACAGAUACAAACACAGACACACACUGUCACACAAAUACACACACUGACACACACAAGCUGGUCAUUUUUUUAGUGACCCUCCUGUUUAUUACCUUUUGGGUGCAGGAGGGUGGCCUCUGAUUCCUGGGGCUGUUGGGAGUCAGAGUCAUGCUCUCCCAGUUCACAGAGGUGUGAUGAUCAACACAAAUGUUAUAGAAAAGUUAAUUUUCUCUGGAAUAAAUAGGAUUGUUUGUACUUUAGAACAAGAUUUAGAUGUUACAAUACUGUCUUUGUAUGCAAGAUUGGGUUAUUUAAUUGAUUACUGCAGGUGUGGGAUAGAUGUAAAUAGCACAUUACUUUCUGUUUUAUAUAUAUAUUUGUAUAUAUUUCUACAUUUUUAUAGCAUACCAAGCAAUGUACCAUACACUACAUAACUCAUUUUACAGGGACAAGCUGACACAAGCAUUAUAAAUGUACAUUAUUCCAAAAAGGAAUCUUUAAUAAAUAAAAUAAAUAGUUGUGCCUUUCCAAAGCUGUGUGAACUGUAAUGUCUACAGACAAUCUUCAAAUAGUUUUGCUGCUUUCAAAUAUUCAUUGACAUGUAACAGAGGCCUGGUGAUAACACAUCAAUUUUCCUCAAUAGUUCACGCUAGCACAAAACAAUAACAAAAUGAACCCGCAGCCAAGAUCCAUUAAUCUUUCUGUCUUGGUGCAGGUGUUGCAGUAGUUUUUUCCCUUAGGCCUUAUUGUGAUUAAAUAUAUGCCAGAAUCAUGUAGGUGCCAAUUUUUUUUCUGGGUUUGCUGCCUUACAUAUUGUAAGUGUAAUGUCUUCUUCACUCAAGAACCUUCAAACCAAGGCUGAGUCCCGUACCUUACCUUGUGGCUGCCCACUCCUUCAUAAACUUUACCUCCCCAUACCUCGUCCACGUUCUUUCUUUCAACCUUUAUCCUAAAGUUCUUUCCUCUUACCAUAGCUUAGCCAUAUUGCUCUACUGAAAAACAACUAGAUAAGCUGUAAUCCCUAAAUAAUACUUCACCUUAUUUUGUUUUUCUUCCCAAUACCUUUUUCCCAUCUCCUCACUCCAUCUUUCUUCUUUCCCACUACAGUCUGCUUCUUACAAUGAGUCACCUACUAUUCUCACAUUACCAUUUUCGUUAUACCUCUACCAAUACCCCAUCCCUAAGUGUCUUUCCUUAUACCACUAUACAUCUUGUACCUUUUCCCACAUUCACUUUCUUACCUCUUGUCUCUUAAAGCCCACUGUUCUGUCUGUUCACUCACCUAUCACCUGUCUAUCUCUCUAAUUGCCAUUAUCCCUGUGUCCCUAUUAAUUCACUCCAUAGUCUCUUUCCUGAUUUCUUCUCUGUACCCUUAUGAUAAUCAAGGGUGGCUUUAUGGCUAUUUUAAAAGUUCAUCCAAAAAUAUUAAAGCAUUUGAAAAACUAUUGUGUAGUUAUACCCACAGUAAAAACAUUAUACUGUGGGUAUAUGUGCAAAAUAGCUGUAGAUUUUUUGUCUGCAGCAUUGUUAAGUGAGGAUUAUACCAUGUGAUUUUGCUUUUUGAGAGCCAGUUGGAGGCUCCUAAAUUUGUAAGUGUAUUUUCGCUUAUUUGAUUUUGUCCUUGUACUCCUACAUAUUACACAAGAUUGGGAUUUUCUUUGUUUAUUUUUUAUAGUCUCAGGAAUAUCUACCAUUGAAGCUAAAGGCAUCCCCAGGCGGGGAUUGUAUCUCCCAGGCGUACAUAGUAGAGCUACUCCUAGCUUUAUAAAUUGUAAGUGCAUCUCCUUUUAUCUCUGAGCCAUUUUUACUUAAGAUACUACACUAUAUUUGGCAUCUCUUCUAUUUUACAUAUUCACCAUUUCAGAAUCCCUUAAGGCGCUACUCUCUCCUCAUCACUUACAUAAAAGAUUUACUGAAUUACAUCAUGAUCCAGUUCAGACAUGGCAAGACAUGGCUGGGCCAACAUUCCAACUUAAGAGAAGAUAUUGAAACAUUGUAUAAUUUCUCCUCUUCUCUACACACGUUCUCAAUGCUGACUGCCAGGUACAAAGAACAGAGCUAAUACAGGGCUUGACAGAGGGAUUGACACAAGGCUAAGAUAGAGGAACCCAGGUGCAAGAUAAAGAGGUUUGGAUUGCUACAUUUCACUUUUUUUCACACUUCAUAAAUACAAAUUUGUUAAAUAUAGGGAUAAGUAAACAUAAUAUUGGAAAUCUGUUCAAUUUAAUGGAGCUGAGAUCGGGCUUUUGACUAAUUAAGCGAAAUAAAAAAAAUCCAGUUCAUGAAAGAAAACGGGAUACAGCUGUACCAAAAAGAACUUGGAGCAAAAUCAUCAAAAUCAUCAUUAUGGCAUCAUGCAAGGUGUGAAGGAGAUUAAACGAGACCUAAAACAGCUGCAUUAUGGGCGGGUUAGUCAUUGAGAUUUAUAUGACUUUUGUUAAAUAAUAUUUGUUUUCAAAAGUCAACUCCUUUCAAAAAGAAUUCCACUAGUUAUGAAAAAUUCUGUUUAUUUUCAGUGGGUGUUAAUGAAAGCAGUAAAACAACUUGAUGUUUCUUCCUAGCGUGAUUUUUUUUCUCAAACUCUGCUUAUAUUGUCUAAAUUCUUAGGGUUUUUAUACAUGAUCACUGUUUUCCUUCUUAAAUCCCUUGAAUUUCUCGCCAAGAAAUUUCAUGCGUGUUUGCCUACUCAAAAUUCUGUCUACAAUGUCCCAAGCCUUUGAUGACCAGGUGUUAUGAUCCCCUGUCUCCUUUUUCUGUUUGAGAGUAGGGAAAAUUGAUUGGCCAGAAAUUCUAGACUAGAUUUUUUUUCUCGCAAAGAUAAAGCCAUGUAAGCUCAAGUCAAAUUAUCUCAUCACAGUUCAUAAGUUCUGUCCAGUCUUGGAAAAGUUAUUGGUGGUAUGAUUGACCACCUGUUUACGCUAUACCUCCCACUCACUCACUUAAAGUUACUAGCCCAACACACAGUGACUAGCUCAACAAGUCAUGAAAAACAGCACAUUUCUCCAAAACCUUAAUUAAAUGCCCAGUGACUAACAUAUCAAAAAAUAAAUGUUGCACAGUGACCAACCAACCACCCAGUGAUAAUUGUACCUGUUCUGUUCAAUAUGCUCGACAUCUGACACAGAAUACAAUUCCAGUUAUGGUCGUUUGAAAAAUGCCUUGUAUGCACAUAUUAUAAUUUUUAUUAUUAUUUAGGUAGUACAGGAAUAAUGUCAGAAAUCCACCAUUCAGAGUAUAGAACAGAAGAUAUGAUAACAAAUAGAUAGGUCAUACUACCAAGUUUGAGCGUGGUCCUGCUUAGCGCCAUAGGCAUUAAAGGAGCCAAAUAACAUAGACAAUAGUCUGAGCUCCGGGAUGCCAGAUACAUAGUAGUGAUAAGAGAAACUGAGUAGAGAAGAACAGAAUUCAAGAGCAAUCGUAUAACAAGCAGGAUCAAGUAGAUUCAGGAGCAAAGUAGUUUUAGCCCCAUCAAAACCAAUAAAAAUGCUAUAAAAGGUAAUAGGAACAUUGUGUAGUGUCAACAAUUACAACAGUGCACUGCAGCGGAACUCAAAUGGACUUUUAUUGUGUUAUUCAUUUGGUGUUAUUCUAUGGAGAAAUUCAAUUGGGGCUCUGUUGUCAUUUGGCAACUACUGUGCUAAUGUGUCAAUAAGGCAAUUGCCAUUUGCUGCAGCCAUUUUGCAUCAUAUGCAUUCAGUAAUAAAUGCUGAUACAAUGGGAUUAGGUGUCUCACUUCUGGGACAAGUGAAAGGAGGGCCCUCCCUGCAUGUUCUGCAUGGCUGUACAGUUUUACAGUUGGGAUAUAAUACACAAGUCAUCCUAAUUUUUCUGGUUUUAGCCCCUACCUUCUACUGUGUUUUGAUUAGUUAGGUCACAAGUAAGUUGUACUCCUAUUUCUAACUUGGUUCAUUCUAUGUCUGUGCUUCCCCACACCCCCCCUUCUCCUUCCCUUCUUUGCACUCCACGUUUGCCUCGGUCUUGUGUGAUUUUUUUCGUCACCUCGUUCACACGAAAUACUUUCCUCCAAAACUAAACCUCUCAAAUUGUUUAUUGUUUACCCUAGCUCCCUAUUGCUCUGCUCUGAUGCCACAUCUCUGCCCUUUGAGUGCCCUCUGAGUUUUUAGUUUCUUAUUUUCCCUUUGUGUUUUUAUUUUCUCUUUCCUGACCUCCAUUACUGUCCCUAAUUGUUCCCACGUACAGACCCAAUCACUGUAAGACCAGUGUAGUCAGGCGUAUGUAUGUCAACUAACCCGUGUAAUUCUAGCAUUGACGUCAGUGUGCUAUAGCAUGUUUACACUAUGCUGGUACCCCCGGCAGGUGGUCCACAUUCUCCUGAACUGACCAAACCCCCUUCUGAGGUCAACCUCUACUUUCCACGAUUUCUCCUCACCUUAUUAUUUGUGACAAUAAGUCUGCCUUCACAAAGCAGUUCUACAUAAAGGACAAAUGGAGAUACACCCAACUUGUAGUAAAGUGAAACAAUGUAAAACAUGUAAGAACCAACCAAAUUGUUUACUUUGCAGUCUUCUGAUGAACGUUGUAAUAUCUUGUUUAAUUUUUGCUUGUACUUUUGCUGAUUUAGUUUUGCAAAAAAGGGAUUUGUAUGAAUGUCUGACACUCCGUCAAGAGCAUUCUUCAGAUUCCUGCAUAUUAUUUCUGCAGACAGAAAUGUCCCUGAGGGAUUUAUUACUGUCCACACAUCAUUCAUUCGAUAUCACAAUCCCUAUUCAUUCACCCAUACUAUAAGGAUUUAGCAGUGCAAGUGUCUACAUAUGAUCUGUUUUGAUCUUAUUUUGGCACUGUCAACAUGACACGCACCAUGCACAUACUCCAGGCUACUGUACAUAUAAUAAUUGUAUGCAUAUCUUAGAAGUCAAGGUCAAAGCCAAUUAGAAGAUUUUUCAUGCACAAAUCCUAGGGGCCCUUAAAAUAUAUUAGUUUGUAGGUUACUGGACUACUUCUAAACAAGAAGGACUGUUGGUUAUUGCAGCUAUACCCUUCAGCUACUUUUGGGUUCUUGGUUGUGACGUUGAGCACAUCAAUGUUUGGCCUAUUCUGUAGUCUAAAGUGUUUGCUAUCACAACAACCAUUACAGUUUGUUGUCCCUGGAUGAAACUAUUUUGUGGGCCACCUCGUACGCAAAUAUAUAUACGAUUAGAGACCCAUAAAUCAUUCACAAGCAAAUUGCAAACAUUUAGCACCACACUAAAUUUUGUAUAACAUGUCACAAACACCAUGCUGAUUAGCAACACACACAUAAAGAAACAAACAGACAGUCCGUCACAAAUAAAAGAUAGCACAAAUACAUUAGCACAUACAGGGAUAUUCACUAAAAGGAAAAUUCAAACUGAAUUUCCAAUGUAAGGCCAAAGUCGCCAAACUUGAAGCAUAGCUGAGUUAGAGAAUUUUUCCAUUCAUUUAUUUUGAACUUACAUUUAAAAUUCUCUUUGAAUUCACACUUUAGUGAAUAUCCAUAAUCGGCACACACCAGGGCACACAAACAUAGACACACAAUAGCACUCUGAUGUACGUAUACAUAGACACACUGUCAGGAACCAAGCCCAUUGACUAAAAUGAAACAUAACAAGUCCAGGAGACACCAUGCUCGGUCUGGCUCCGAGGAGACUUGAAACCCUGUGAAUGAACCUUGGCCUUGUGUGAACUCACUAUUCCACUGUGGAACCUGUUCUAGUGAGAGAAUUCCAGCUAUGUUAAUUUGCACUAUGCUAAGCUACUACUUGCCUGGGCUGCCUUAAUGUACUGUUUGUAUAGCACCUGUAGGAAUCACAGGUGCUGCCUUCGUUUCUGAUGAUCAUUGCUAAUCUACUCCCAAGGAUCAGAACCAAUCCUGUGCAAUAACUCCAAUGCUUCAAAGGGCUUUUGCAUUAGUAUAAUCUGUUAUUUUCCUGUUGAUUUUAUACCUGACUGAUUACCUGUGUAAUUGACUAUGUACUUUGGCUUUGCUUACCUGUACACUGUUUACUGCAUUAUCCCCUCAUCUAUUACUUUUACUGUUUCUGGACUGAUACCGGACUGAUCAACAUUGCCUCAUCAAUUCCAAAAGACCCCCAGAUAUCUCACACAUAAAAGCUCUUAUGCGAGAUCCUGAUCAAAGCAAAACACAAAGCAGCACACAGAUAUAGACAUACCAUAGUACACAAACACACUAACACAUAGUCAUGGACGGCCUGGUACAGAGAUGCUGACAUAGACACACUCUAAUACACUUACAAUUUAUUUUUUAACCAGCACUUACAAAAUGUAAAAAGAACUCACUCUUCAUACAUAAAGCACCUUAGAAAGCUGCCCAGUUGCUACAAGCUUGAGAAAGAUCUCUUUGAGAUCGAAACGUUGCCCUUUUUCCAAUAAAAUCUGCUGUAAAAUGAACCUCUGGAUCAAAAUUUUUUCAAUGAAUGAGUGUGUGUCAGAUCAGUGAGUCUGUGUCUGUCAGUGACGUCUGUGUGUUUGUUAUUGCGUGUGUGUGUGGGACUGUCAGUGCAUAUCUGCCAGUGUGUGUCUGUUGGGGAAUGUGUGUGUGUCAAAUCAGUGAGUCUGUGUCUAUCAGUGACGUCUGUUUCUUUGUCAUUGAGUGUGUGUGACUGUCAGUGUGUAUACACCACUGAGUGUAUGUGGCCAAGCGGAGCGGACUGCGGUACAGGAGCUUCUGUUUCCUGAACCCGGCCGGACUGACAGGAAGUGCUCACUGAGAGAGCACUUCCUGUCAGUCCGGCCGGGUACAGGAAACAGAAGCUCCUGUACCGAGAUCUGCUCCGCUCGGCUAUGCUACAAGAGCGGUAGGAGCCACACCAGGAAGGGACACCAGGAAGGGAGGGGACCAUUAAGGGGGUGGGGUGUACACAAAGGGACAGGGAGGGGAGAGAAACACUAAGGGACAGGGAAGGGAGGAGACCACCAAGGGACGGAGAGAGAGGCUGGAUGUUAAAGAAACGCACAGCAGGACUUGAGAAGGGGAAAAAUAGACACACAGAGACAGGGCCGCCAUCAGAAAUUGUGAGGCCCCUAACACAGCUCAAGGUCUGGGCCCCCGGGUGCCCGCCUCCAAGCCCCGCCUCCAAAUCCCGCCCACAAGAAUACACAGACACACACACAGAAAGAUACACACAUACUAACAGACAAAUACUGAAACAGACAUACACACAUAUAGACACAUACACAGAUACAGAUACACACACAUACUGACAUACACACACACAUACAUACAGACAUACAUACAUACUGACAAACAGACAUACAUACAAACUGAGAUACAUACACAUAAAUACAUACACCUACAUACUGAUAUACAUACAUACACACACAGAUAGAUAUAUACAUACACAGAUACAUACAGACAUACUGACAUACACACACACAGACAUACAUGCAUACUGACAUACAUACUGAUAGAUAUAUACAUACACACAAACAUACUUACUGACAUACACACACACAGACAUACAUACAUACAGACAUAUAUAUACAUACUGACAUACACACACACACACACACACACAAACAGAUAGACACAUACAGACAUACUGACAUACACACACAGACAUACAUGCAUACUGACAUACAUACAUACAUACUGACACACACGCAGACAUAUAUACAUACUGACAUACACACACACAGACAUACAUACUGACAUACAGCAGCAUUUGCGGUGCAGCCGCAAUUUUUUUUUUAAAAGGGGCCCGGUCGCGCAAUUACCCGGCCGCAGCGCUGACCGGGCCCCUGGAGAUAUAGGGUCCAUCGGGUGGACCUAAAUGCUUGGGCCACCUGAUGGGCCCGGUGCAGAUGCACCUGCAGCAGUUUCGCUGCUCCACGUGGGGCCAGGGCGGCCGGGCCCCCCAGGGCCGCCGGGCCCGUGACAACCAUUAUGGUUGUCACCCCCUGAUGGCGGCCCUGCACAGAGAGGCUGGGGGGGAGACAGAUGGGCCGGGGGUUAAAGAGACACAAACAAAGGAGCUGGGAAGAGAAAAAGACACAAAGGGGCUAGGAGAGAAUUGGUCACACAAAGGGACUGGGAGGAGUAAAACACACAAAAUAUGGGAGGAUGUAAGAGUCAUACAAAGAGGGGGGAUAAGAGACACAUAAGAAAUACACAAGGGAGCUGUAAGACACACAAUGGGGAAAAAUAGGAGAUAAGAUACACUAAAGGGGGUAAGACAUUUAAAAGAGGGGAUAAGAAACACAUACACGUGUAUGGUCAGUAGGUGGGGGCUACUAAUUUUAUACCGUGGGGACCUAAUGUUCCAAGCUCAGCUCCCACCAAUAGGUGGUGAGUGACAGCUAUUAUAAUAUAAGGGGGGACCUUAUGUCCACAUCCCCCACUCAGAGGAAAGUAUAUAGUGUCCCCUCUAGGUUGGGGCAAGGAUUUUUGGGCACACAGGUGAAGAUGUUAUUUUUUUGGGAGGUGGAGUGAUGGAAAAAUACAUCUUUGCCUAUGUACCCAAAAAUCCUUGCCCCAACCUAGAGGGGACACUAUAUACUUUCCUGUGAGUGGGGGAUGUGGACAUAAGGUCCCCCCUUAUAUUAUAAUAGCUGUCACUCACCACCUAUUGGUGGGAGCUGAGCUUGGAACAUUAGGUCCCCACGGUAUAAAAUUAGUAGCCCCCACCUACUGACCAUACACGGGUUGAGGCAGAAGUGGACAUUAGGAUGUCCCUCCUUUUUUAGCAUUUAAUAGUCUCUACCCACUGGCCAUGAGGAAGGGGGUGUAGAGUUAUCUCUCCACCUCUCAUUAUUUCAAUUAAAGUCCCCCACCCAAUGCUCACUGAUGUGGGCAUAGGGGGAACUAUACCCCCUUCCCUGUUAUUUUACAGGCCCCAUCCACAUAGACUGGAACCUUUCUAGCGACUGGGUAGCAAUGACUCUCCAGUCACUAAGAUUUCAUAGAUAUGCCCUCACCUGCUGCAUUGCAAAGGGUUUUAAAACUGGUUGUCUGAAUACCAACCGUAUUUGGCUUUAGUAAAUAUGAGAAUUGCCAUUACAGCCGGAAUUUGGCCAUUUAACCUUGAUUUUGUCCCUCUGGACAAAACCUGGCAUUAAGUGAAUAACCCUGUCUGUCAAUAAAUAGACAUCACCCUCUAACUCUCACUCUGUUACAUACACAGCUAAAUGCUAUCGUGUGACUUCAUGUUAUUCCUCAGGUAGACACUAGAUGCCACUUUAUUUCACUAAAUAAACUUCUUUAUGUGUAGUUUUUUUGUAGCCAGCAGUUCCCUCGUCAGACAGGCUAGAUAGUAUUUAGCACAAAAGUAUUUAUACCUCAAUAUUUGGAUAUAUCUAAUUUAAUAUAUCUGGAAAUUGUAUUAAUGGCAAAUGUAUAAAAAAUAACUUAGCAUUGUGAUUUGAUCGAUACAUAAUACGGUUAUGUUAUUUUUGACAUCUCAUAAAUAUAUGUGGAACUGCACUGUUACAGGAAAGAGCAACCACUUGUUCUGAAGAGUUAAAUUAAUAAAGUGCAUAUAACCCGCUUGAAACAUAUUUUGUAAAAAAAUGUUUUAAAGACAAUGGUGUGACCUGCAAAACCUAUCUUUACAUAUAACUAAAAAUGUCACUUAGGGAAAGAACAAAGUAAGUAACUUAAUUAUACAGAUUGCUAAGCACAUUUUUCUAGGUUAUAGACAGACUGGUUUUAAUAUGUUUUAUAAUGCAUUAAAAUAACUGGGGGAUUUGGGGUUGUGAGGGUUUCGGAUUAUGAGGGAUUUAAGGUUAAAGGGUAUCUUUCCUCAAGCUGCUCUAUAUUGUAACUCAUAUCACAGUCCAGAACACCUGGCAGGCACACGUCCACUAACUCCCUCCUAACUCUAAGCCAUUCUAUGUAAAAAUAAAAUGCACAGCACUAUGCAAAAAUACAGGUAAAUUGUCCUUCUGUUUAGGUUUCUGGAGAUAGGGGUUGGAGCACAAUAAGCUUCAGAAUGCACUUGUCACAGUAUUGCCACUACCAAGAAAGUAAAUAGAAAAAGAGGUCCAGGCCCAGAGGCUUACUUCCAAUGCAGACUUUUAUUGGGGAUAAAAAGGCAACAUUUCAAGUUUUUAUCAACCCCACUUACCAGGAAGUACAAGGAAAGAGUGGAGAAGUGUUCUGACACACUGAAGUUCUGACAUCUGCUAAAAAUCAAAAAAGUAAAGAGUACCUAAGGGAUGAUUAAAAGGUUCACAAACAAAUUGGACUGUCCAAGGUUUAUUAACAAGAUGAGACAUCGCAGAAAGCUGAAACACUCCUACAAGGCACAAGAGCCUUGAACACCUUCUGGACAGCAUGGAAGGGUUUUGUAGAAAACAUGGGCCAUGCCGCACCUUCCCACACAUAUCAGUAGCAUGCCACUCCAGCUAAUAAUAAAGCUUUGCUUAUGUGCAUCACUGCCGGUGGCAUCCAUUGAGGUCUAUGACUCUUUUUGACACAGCGUGACAUUGUGGUAUAUGGAGUGAUGCCAUGAAUCAGUUAUGGAGAUUCACCAUGUAAAAAUGACUCUGUGUAUCAUCAGAUCGUGCCAAUGACCCAGUAUGACUUUUUAUUUAAAUCAAUGUUUUGUUUUUGUAGCGCUUAGAUGGUAUUUUUCUUUGGGUGACCACAAUAAUGUGGCUGUGUCACAUGGCUAUGUCGUCUAUAUAUAGCAUAAUAAAAAGUAAGGAAUACUUUCUCUUACAUACAUGACAGUUAGUGGUAAAAUGUGGCAUAAGGAAGAGCUUCAUCUGGUUAUAAAUUGCCAUAGAGUGAUGCACAAUGUAUGUCUAUGGUGUGCCUAUAGCAUUUCAGUGAGCAUGGCCAAGAACAUAUUUGAAGGAUCUCUCAUCCUUGCUGACUCUUCCAUACACUUUGUUUUGUUCUGUCAUGAAUGGGUGAGAGAACAACAGUGACAUUGCUCUGGUGGUUUCAACUGCCAGAAGAAGAAAAUGUAGGUGAACUAGAAGAAGGUAGAGCCAAAGAUGGAGAGCUUAAGGUCAAUAUAUCUGCCUUCCCCACUUCCUCUAAGAAGACAUCAUGCAAGCAGAAAUAGACUGUCUCUGCAUUAAAUGCAAUGGCCCCAUGAUGACAGUUCUACUUCAACGAGGAAAGAAAGGUUGUGGAAUUAAGUAAAUAUUGAGCACCAAGAACCUUAAUCUAGACUUGUUAUUGGUAGAUGACUUUAGCAAGAUAUCUGAGCUCACUACACGUCAAGUUGGGUUAGGGUCUGCAAGAUUAAAUGUUGCAUUUAGUCUUCCAGGUGAAAAGUGCACCAGCUUUCAGAUGAGAAGGCAGAGCCAUCCUCAAUAAAGCCUCCAAUAGUUUUGCAAAAAUGAAACAAAAUGUCCCUACAACCUCCCACCACGAUCACAUAACAAGCCACUAGUAUUCACCAGGUCUCCAAUUUCCAUCACUACCAAACAACAUAUCAGUGACUUACAGUAGUCAAUAUAAUGGACCACAAACAUAUUGUAUUAAUAUUCAUGGAGUCACAGUGCUACAUUAUCCACCAGGUACACCUUUCGACUUGGUAGAACACAUUUUCAUGUGUGUGCAUGUCUUGUUAUUAUCUAUGCUCAAUUAUUAUCUAUGUUCAAUGGCAUUUCGAGACCCUUGAACAAUACAUCCAAAAGCGGUUUUGAAGUCCUGUUCUUUAUAAUUGUUUCAAUUUGUCAAUCAAAUAAGAAUGAACCAGACUUCAGUCGCCGUAGAUUUAUUAUUUAAAUUGGUAUUAAUUUGUGUGCGGCUUGAUUGGCAGUUCCUAUUGCAACGCAAGGCAUUCGGCUACCUGGAAAAUUACCAAGCUUCUGAUUUUCUGUCAUUUAUUCAGAACAGCUUCUACUAAUAGUGUCUGUGAAGGUGCAAUAUUCACAAAGUAAAAUAAUUAGCAAUUAUUUCUGUGAUCAUUUGAAUUGCAUGAGUCAAUGGAGAUAACAUUUAUUUGUGUAAAUGUUUUGAAUGAAGGUAAUUUCUGGAAUCCAAUCCCACCCCCUCUGUUUUCUCUAUAAAUGUUAAAAGAAAACCACAUUCCAUUCCUUUUGUGCCCAUCUUACUAUCGGUUUUAGUCCAGCCAUUCUGAAUCUGUGACUUGACUUUUAAUUGCUCUAAAUCCUGUGCAAGGGCUUUGAAUACCAUUUGUACACUGCCCCAGCAUGCAAAAUACUUAGCUAUAAAAAUGCUAUCGUUCCUUACAGUAGCCCUGUACAGAAUUUGUUUUAAUGUUCUGUUUUCUGUUAAUCCUAUUCUAGAUUGGCAGCCUUGGGUUAAGUUUGGAUAUUUUAUUCUCCUAGGGGGAAAUAUGACAUUUAAAGAUAUCCAUUGUGUAUGUUAGCUAUACACAAGGGAUAUCUCUAAAUGACAAGAAAUUGUAAGAUAUUCCAAACGAUCAACAUUUUAAACCUGAUUUAAUGAGUAACAGAUUUGUUACUUUGUUUUAGCAACAGCUGUUUUAGCAACACAUACUGACAUUGCCAAGAUAUCUAGGAAUGAAACAACUAAAGUUUUCUAUUUAUUUUAUUGUAGAAUUCAAAUUUGAUACAGACAAGGGCGUAGCAUGUUACUUUUCUAUUUAUUCAUGAUAUUUAGCAAAGAGAUGCUUUCUUUGAUUUAUAGAUAAAUUACAGCAAAGGAAAUUAACACACACAGUGAAUUCAGUUUUUAUAAUGUCAACCUAAUUAAAAAAACACCUACCUAAGGUGACAAAUAUGGCUAAACUGCAAACAUCAUCAGCCAAUCACUGCUCUCUGGGUUGGACAGCAUUGAUAACAAUGCAGAAGUGUUAAUUCCACAUUUACAACGCGGCUGAGAUGGGCAUAGUCCAUGAAAUCUCCAUUAUUUUGGCAUCUCAAAUUCUGUCACCCCAGAUGUUGCCGAACUUCAACUCCAGUUGUUCUUUGGCAAUCUACAGCAUUUAAAGAAUUCUGACACACACUUGUGCAUUCCUAUGCGUGGAAGAGAAAAAAAACAAAUGACUACAAAUUGCUACUAAUCGGACCUUAGUGAAUAACUUGAAGUAAUUUUCAAAGUUUAGUAGCAGCGAUGCAAUGUAAUGGACCUUGCAUUAUAAUCUGAUUCCUUUUUUUAGUUAAAAUAAAAACAUAUUAUGUUGCCUGUUAUGCCAUUUAUAAAGUCUACAGCAUUUCAGAGCAAAAUGAAACAUGAAAGUGAAACCUUGACUUUGAUACUGUGGUUAGAAAAACAAGAGAACACAUACUACACAGACACAACAAAAACAGACAAGAACCAGGAACAGCGAAUAUUCAGAGUAGAUUUUGGGAGAUUUUGGUGCAAUAUGGACAGUGAUAAAUAUAUUUUAUCUGUAGAAAAGAUUGGAAUGUUUUAACUACCGUAAUUUGCCCCCUGUGAUACAGAGUUUUAAUACCAAUGUUUGUGAAGUAAAGUAUAAACAGGAUAUCCCUUACAUCUCUAUUUACUGUAACAAGACUACAAGCACAAAAUAACAUGCGUAUGUCUAGCUUUCCAUAGUACCACUUAGCGUUAUUAUUCUACUACAAUGCAGAGUGUUUGUGAAUAUAUGUGUGUGUAUAUAGUCUACACAAUAACAUUUUAUUUCAGUGGGGCCCUUUCAGUAACUCAUUUGUCACUGAUAACAUAUAUAAUAGUUUGUCUCUGUUUUGCUCUUUUUUAUCCAGUUUGUAAUAUUAUAAAGAGCUGCAAAAUAUUUGUGCUCUAAUAAAUAUUUAAGCUCUACAAUAGAUGUAGAUCAAAACAUUUGACCUUGCACUACAUAAAUAUAUAUAAAUAUAUAGUAGAGUAGGACCUGCCAAGAAUAAGGUACAUUGAUGUUGUGGCAGGUUUAUGCAACUUAUAAUCAUAUACUGUAACUAAACCCAUUAAUUUUGCCUACGUGAGGUGUUUUUAAGAAAACGAUUACAUUCUGUGAGUUUUGAAGUUGCUGUGAAUAAGUGAGUGUUCUGAAUCUCAUAUGUUUUUUUAUAUAUAUAUAUAUAUAUAUAUAUAUAUAUAUAUAUUUGUGUACGGCACAUUUAGAGGAACGUAUGGUAUGAUAUAAUGAAAGUUUAGUAAGAACAAAGUCGGUUGGGGUGUGCAGAAACCAACGUGAGGUUAGACCUGUAAAAAGAGGGCAAAAAUUUAAGAAAACGAUUUCUUUUGUCAGACAUAUUUUAUUUAGCAAUACAUUAUUUAGACAUUUCAUGGUAAGCUAAUCUAAUUUUUUUCUCUGGAUUAGGGAUGUACCUGUCGUAUGUGGAAGAUUUCCAACGUCCCAUAUUUUAAAUGAUAUGUGUUGGUACAUGAUUACGGAAUGAAUGGCCAGAGACAGUGGCGUACACAUGACUCAUGUGGCCCCGGUGCGAAAAUUGAUCCGUGGGCCCCCCCCCCGCGCUUACUCGGCGCGGGUCGGGGCCGCAACACAUGGUGGCGGGCACCUGGUUGCAGGGCUGCGACCCCACGACCGCGGUAUGCACAUACACUUUCACUGACAAACACACACACACUCAGUAACAGACACACAGUAACACACUCACUGACACUCACUAGCAGACACACACCCAAUAACAGAUACACUCACUGACACUCACUAGCAGACACACACACUAACACACACACAAACAAACUAACACACACACUAACACAAACACACUAACACACACACAAACACACUAACACAAACAAACACACACACACUAACACACACACUAACACACACAUUAACACACAGACAUUUUUUUUAAAAUUGAAUCCCCCCAGCCUCCUUACCUUUUGGAGAUCUGAGGGUUUCCCUGGGGUCCAGUGGUGCUGCCGGCCGGCGGGUGGGCUGUCUGGGUGGCAGGCUCCCCUAAGUGCUUCCUCUUCAGCUCCCUCGCGCGCCGCGUAGGGAUGCCGCCGCCGGAAGAUGACGUCAUCUUCUGGCUCCGGUAUCAGUGUGGUGCGCGAGGGAGCUGAAGAGGAAGCACUCAGGGGAGAUUGCUCCCUCGCGCGCGCGCCCGCCGGACGGGUGUCAGCAGGGCCAGCCUCGGGGGGCCCUGGGGUGGCCGGUUCCUGGGUCCCCCAGGAGAAGAGGCUGGCCCAGUGGGUACAUACCGGGUCGCAGGGGCGGCCCUGGUAUGUACGCCACUGGCCAGAGAACGGUUGUGUCCUAGCCUGAGUAACAACGUACGAAUGUAAAGCAUGAACUGUUUGGUUGUUAGCGGUUUCCCUUGAAUGGCUAAUAGUGGGGAUUCGGGGUCAGUAGUAAGCUGUGUCUUAACUAGCUUAUCCAGAAUGUGGAUUGGACACCACUUGUUAGAGGUAGGGUAAUAUUUAAUCUCUACUGGUGGGCCACUUUGGCUCAUUUUGGUAUGAGGAAUUGACAGGAUAUAGUGAUCUUGUGUUUUAGUUAGGUGUUUUUUCUUAAGGCAUGACUUAAAGUUGGAUGCCUUCUCCACAGAAAAUUCUUUAGGUCUCAUGAAACCAUAGAAUUUGAUUAUCAGGUUAGUGACCUUCUCAAAUGGGGUCUCGCCUAGUAAAUCGGAUAUGUUCCUAAACAGUAUACUAUCUAUGGAAGUUUUUGGAAGUCCUUUGAUGGGAUUAUGAACUAUUAGUCUCUGAAUACCUCUAAGGACACUUUUGACUGGGUAAGAUGCUAGAAAUGGAGCUUUGUUUGGAUAACUAGUGAACAUGUAAUGUUGUAUGCCUGUUAAGUAAAGUUUGAUUGUAUUGUAUGCUAAUUUUAGAGAUAUGUGGCAAAAAGUUGUGAAUGCGACCAUGGUUUCUAUGGAAAAAACAUUUAUAACAUAGUAAUCACGUACAAAUUUUUUGAACAAAUCAUAUGCUCUGGAAUAGGCUUUUUUGGUAUUGAUUGAUAACCCAGCCUGUGCGAGCAACCUACUAUGACUUAAAGGACCACUAUAGUGCCAGGAAAAAGAUUACUUAGUAUUAGUAAAUUAUGCCCCUACUCGCUAUACCGUGAGUAGCGGCAUGUCCAAACAGUGAGCAGCCCACUUUAAAAAAAAAAGGUCACCCCUUCCCGAGCCCCCACCCAUGCUGCGCGAGUGGAGGCUUCUAACCUGAAGGGGGACCUAUAGCCCCCCCCGGCCCCCACCCCUGAAUGGCGGGUGGGGGCCACACAGUAAAAUAAGGGGCUAAUGUCCUACACCCUGGCCCCCACCCCUGAGCGGUGGGUGGGGGCCCUAAAUUAGAAUAAGGGGGGGACCUAAUGUCCUCCCCCUGGCCCCCACCCCUGAGCGGUGGGUGGGGGCUCUAAAUACUAAUAAGGGGGGGACCUAAUGUCCUCCCCCCUGGCCCCACCCCUGAGCGGUGGGUGGGGGCCCUAAAUACUAAUAAGGGGGGACCUGAUGUCCUUCCCCCUGGCCCCCACCCCUGAGCGGUGGGUGGGAGCCCUAAAUACUAAUAAGUAUUAAUGUCCUCCCUCCUGCCCCCACCCCUGAGCGGCGGAUGGGGGCCCUAAAUUGGAAUAAGGGGGGACCUAAUGUCCUCCCUCCUGGCCCCCACCCCUGAGCGGUGGGUGGGGGCCCUAAAUACUAAUAAGAGGGGAGAUCUAAUGCCCCCCCCCCUGGCCACCACCCCUGAGCAGCAGGUGGGGGCCCUAAAUACUAAUGGGGGGGGACCUAAUGUCCUCCGCCCUGGCCCCCACCCCUGAGCGGUGGGUGGGGGCUGUAAAUAUUAAUAAGGGGGGGACCUAAUUUCCUCCCCCCUGGCCCCCACCCCUGAGCGGCCCUAAAUAAAAAAGUUACCCCCCCAGGUGACUAAGGGUCCCCAAAUCUCUAGUCACCCACUCCCCCCCAAAAGAAUUAACCCCUACCUACACCCCUCACCCUAAAAAUAAUGAGGGGGGGACCUUUCACUAAGUACCUGUAAAAAAAAUAAAACUUACCAUUCAAUGUUUUCUUUCUUCUAAAAUUUUCUUCAGAUUCCACUAGAGUGCUCUGUGUCAUUUUACACAGCGUGGGAAAGUUCUUUGGACUUUUCCCACACUGUGUAAUUUGACUCAUAACACUCUGAUUGGUGGAUUAAGUAAUCAGAGUGUUAUGAGUCAAAUUACACAGCGUGGGAAAAUUCCAAAGAACUUUCCCACGCUGUGUAAAAUGACACAGAGCACUCUAAUUGGUGGAUUUAAAACCAACCAAUCAGAGUGCUGUGACAGGUAAAUGUAGAGACUUACCUGUCAGUCCCUUCAUUUACCUGUCAGAGCACUCUGAUUGGAUGGCUUAAACCCACCAAUCAUAGUGCUCUGAGCUUUAUAAGCCUUCCCCCGCCCUGCAGAGCUCAGUCUGUGUUGAGCCCUCACCAUGUGAAGAUGGAUUUUUUUUUUUUUGCGCUCGUUUGAAUGAAUUUUUUAUUUGUCCUUUUUUGGGGCUGAAAAAAGAAGAUUUUAGAAGAAAAAAAAACAUUGAAUGGUAAGUUUUAUUUUUUUUACAGGUACUUAGUUAAAGGUCCCCCCUUCAUUAUUUUUAGGGUGAGGGAGGUAGGUAGGGGUUAAUUUUUUUGGGAGGGGGUGACUAGGGGUUUUUGGGACCCCUAGUCACCUGGGGGGGGUAACAUUUUUAUUUAGGGCCCCCACCUGCCGCUCAGGGGUGGGGACCAGGGGGGAGGAUAUUAGGCCCCCCUUAUUCCAAUUUAGGGCCCUCAUCCGCCGCUCAUGGAUGGGGGCCAGGGAGGAGGACAUUAGGUCCCUCCUCUUAUUAGUAUUUAGGGCCCCCACCCACCGCUCAGGCGUGGGGGCCAGGGGGGAGGACAUUAGGUCCCCACCCUUAUUUUACUGUAGGGCACCCACCUGCCGUUCAGGGGUGGGGGUCAGGAGGGAGGACAUUAGGUCCCCCCCUUGUUAGUAUUUAGGGACCCCAAAACAGAAAAUUUUCCCCAUGCACAUGCCUAUUGAGCUUUACCCAAAAAAAGAAUUGGCCUGCCUAAUUUGUCUCUCAAUUCUCUUUGGUUGUGUUGGGUUGAUAUUCGUGGUUGGCAUUGCUGGUUGAGGGAAUUGCUAUGUUGUCGGGACAAAAGUUAACAGUAUGAGCUGCUGAAGAACAUAUUGCGCAAGAAGGUGUUUUGAGACCCGCAAAAUGCCUUAAAAAUAGUUCAGUGUCUAACUGGCCUCAGUCAGUAGGCGUAUUAUAUUGAGCCAGUGACGCAGCUGAUCUGGAUGCAAAAGACUUGCGGUAGUCAUAAAAGGCGUAGCCUCCGUAUUUAUAUGCCAAGUCAAUAAUUUUAUGUAAAUAUAAAUCAAGUUCUUCUCUACGGAGGGGAAAAGCAGUACAAAUUACGUCUCUAUACAGGCCGAAAGCCAGGACAAAUUCAGGGAUAUUUAGUUUCCUGUUCAGUCUUGGGUCUCUAGACUUCAUAACUACUGACAAGUCAUCAAACCUGUAAGACCUGUUCUCGUUUACGUCUUGAGAAGCCAGAUUAAUGUCUUUCCCCUCUAUUAUGUCACGCUUAAGAUUUUGUGGUACUAGGUGAAUAGGGUUUAUAAUAUUGGUACUUUUAGCGGGUAGAGGGUUAUUGUUACCUCCUGGGUUAGGCUCUGGCUGGGCUAUAGGUACUGGAACCUCCGGAAUGGUUGGUCUAUUAUUUGACUCCUAUCCAACCUAUUAUUUAUUGUGGAUAUGGAAGACACUAGGGAGGCCAUCAUGAUGUGCAGUUCUGACAGGCUGUUUUGAACAUUAGAUUCAGAACUAGGGCCAGGUCUUUCAUUGUCCUCUUUUGUGUUUAAUAGACGAAAAAAUUUGGCUUUCCUGGCUGUGGCCGGGAAGGGGAUAUUUCUCUUUUUAAGUUCCGUAGUGAUUUUUGGAAUUGUCCAGGAUCUAUAGCUGGAUGCUGGGCUGGCCAGUACGGUUUGCCUUCUCUGUGAGCCUGAUCUGAUCGGGGUGCUGGUGACCGAUAGGUCGUCUCCUUGUAUGGAAGCGUUAGACAUGCUAUGGGUGCGAGGCAGAUAGCUUAGUUAGUAUGGUAUUCGUGUAGAUCUGCAGUAACUCAGUUUACUAUAUUAGUGCCCUAAGGCGAAAUUGUAUUACACUCACUAUCUUAGGUGACGCAUGAUGCCCUAACUACUUGCCAAGUGGCUUGGAGAGGCUCUACCUAUGAUUUGGCUAGUGGGGCCUUUGUGCCACUGAGGUGAGUGGCGGGUGUUGGCCUCUCGGUGACACGUAUAAGAUUUUAAUAUCGAUUGGCCAUGACGAGUGAGGCCCUAACUAUGACUUGAUGCAAGGCUAUAACUAUGCGUUGGGCCGAUUGGGCUUGUACCUCUGAACGAAGGAAUGAUUGUUGGCCUUGCGGGACCACUCAACUAUAGGCAAAGAGGCCUACGGGAUUACACCUAAUUGUCGAGGGUUUAUUUAACCUUACGUACUACCUAAUGGUUUUUUAUUUUAAUUUAUUUUUUUAUAUAUAUUAACAUACCUGCUGUUGUCCUGUAUGACGUAUUCGGUAAUGAUAAGAAUGACCCCUACUUGUUCCUAAAACAUAUCAUAAUGAUUGAAAUGACAAAGCUAGGAAUGAGAGUAGAUACUAACCGUGUAUAAAUUGAAAUAUAGUUGGAAAAGCUUGGGCUUGUCCUGGAAGGGCGGUAAGCUUGAACUAAUGUUUGGGGAGACAAACCGUGACUUAUUUAAUUUAUAGUCCUGGUUACCAGAAAGGAUUACAUGGGAAAUACUAGUAGGUAGGUAACUUAGAGGCCUACCUCUUUAAAUAAUGCAGUUGUAUUUUAUCAAGAAGGAACUGCUGCAACCAAUGUCAGUAAUUGUAUAAUCUUAAAUAGGAGGGAAAAUAAAACGUCAUUUAGUUGCUAUGUUACCUACAUAUAGUAUAGCUUGUAUGUAUCAAAUAAAAAAAUGUAAAACAUGAAAUGCAUUAGGGGAACAUGACCGUAAAUGUGCAGAGAUGCAUAAGACAGAAAACUGGAGCGUAAAACAGUCUCCUAAUUUCCUUUUUAGUAUACUUAUGUUACUAUGUACAAUACAUUAGCUACCGCUUUAAUGGAAUGACCCUGCAUCAUUUAGCCGAACGGGCUUACAAUAAAAGUACUUUAGUGAUUCCAUGAACGUAAGAUCCUUCAAUAUAUACAGUCUAUUAGAGAUAUUUAUGUGCCGUUCGUUUAAUUCAAAACGAAUUACAAUGUAAGCAUGGUAAAUGGAAGUUAUUGAAAGACAAAGGAAACAGACACAUUUUGAAACGAAAUGCAGUAAUGAAUGAAAUGGCUUUGAACAUGUUUAAAAGAAUGGAACUUUAACUGAUUGUACGAAUGACUUGUGAGCGUGGCAAACAGACAAAAGUUUACACAAAAUGCAGGUUUACAUGAAUAGCAGCAUUAUUUGAACAAACGGUUAUACAAGACAGUUUCAGACGAACUGAACUUUAGCUGAUAUUGUACGAAUAAAACUGUGAGUAUAGCAAACAGACGAAAGUUUACACGAAAUGCAGGUUUACAUGACUAGCAGCAAUAUUUGAACGAACGGUUAUACAUGACAGUAUCAGAUGAACGGAACUUUAGCUGAUGUUGUAUGAAUGUGAGUGUGGAAAUAGAUGAAAGUUUAUACGAAUGCCAGAUUACACGAAGUGCAGCAGUACAUGAAUGAACGGUUUUGCAUGAUAGUUUCAGACAAACGGAAUUGUUUAAACGAACAUGUGAUUAAUGAUUAGUACAGAGAUGCGUUCGAAUGAUUGAGUAUAACUUACAGUUAGCCGUUCGUAUGCUGGCUUCCUUUGUUAUACUCAUGAACUCAAUAUGAAAAGAAAGUUUAAAACGGGCUGUCGGCGGGAAAGUGACGUCUGGGUCCUGUGAACUGGAAGUAAACAGAAGAACUUCCGAGAUCAUUGACGACAGGUAAGCAGGGCCUCACCGGGUUUAAAUAGGACUAAUAGACCCUCUCACAAUUACAGGCAAAGCCUUCCAUGUAAGAUACUGCUCUCUCCUGGUGCUCCUCCUACCUCUCCCAGCGCUCUUUCGGUGUUUCUUUCUCUGGCUCUGCUUCUUCUCCCCAACUCCUCUCUGUUGGUGUCCCCAAGGUUCAGUCCUUGGUCCUCUACUGUUCUCCAUCUAUACUGCCUCCCCUGGUAAACUCAUUAGCUCCUUUGGCUUCCAAUAUAAUUUCUGUGCAGAUGACAUGCAAAUCUACCUGUCCUCUCCUGAUCUCUCCCUGUCCCUCUUGACUAGUGUCUCUGACUGCCUCUCUGCUGUUUCUAACUGGAUGGCUGCCCACUUCCUUAAACUAAAUUUGACCAAAACUGAAAUUCUGGUCUUUCCUCCCUCAAGUGUUGUUACUCCUGUGUCUGUCUCCCUCCAAGUCAACGGUGCUACCAUCAGCUCCACCAUGCAGGCUCGCUGCCUAGGUGUUCUCUUUGACUCCGACCUCUCCUUCAAGCCUCAUGUUCAAUCUAUCGCCAAAUCCUGUCAUUUCCAUCUCAAAAACAUUGCGCACAUCUGCCCCUACUUAACGCCAGAUGCGACUAAGGUGUUGGUCCAUUCCACUGUCCUUUCUCGCCUUGACUACUGUAAUCCACUUUUCAGUGGUCUUACGUGCUCCCAACUAGCGCCGUUACAGUCCAUAAUGAAUGCGGCGGCGAGGCUCAUCUGCCUGUCCGCCCGCACCUCCCAUGCCUCACCCUUCUGUCAGUCCCUACAUUGGCUUCCUAUAAAAUAUAGAGCUCAAUUUAAAAUUCUGGUUCUUGCUUUCAAACCUCUACAUAAUGCUGCUCCCCCUAUCUAUCCUCCCUUAUACACAAGUAUGUCCCGUAUAGGCCCUUACGAUCUGCUAAAGACUUACGUCUAUCUUCUGUCCGUACUCCCACCUCUGAUGCUCGCCUUCAAGAUUUCUCGAGGGCUGCACCGUUCCUGUGGAACUAGUCUCCACUCCUUCAAAAAUCGUUAAAAACCCACUUCUUCAUAAAAGCAUAUCAAUUAAACUGUAAAUAGCUCCUGACUGAUUCCUCUUCUGCAACUGUCAUUAGUCUAAUACUAUCCUUACCUUUUUGUGUCAUUUUACCCCACUCCCUCUAGCAUGUAAGCUCAUUGAGCAGGGCCCUCAACCCCUCUGUUCCUGUGUGUCCAAAUUGUCUGAUUACAAAUACAUGUCUGUUCGUCCACCCAUUGUAAAGCGCAAUUUAACGGCGCUCUAUAAAUAUCAUAAUAAUAAUAAUAAUAUAUAUAUAUAGAGCAAGCAUUAGGCUGCUAGAGUAGGACCUGCCAAGAAUGAGGUACAUUGAUGUUGUGGCAGGCUUAGGCAAUAUAUGAUCAUAUAAUGUAACUAAACACCCAUUAUUUUUUGCCUAGGUGAGGUGUUUUUAAAUAAAACUAUUACAAUCUCUAAAAUUUUAAAUCAUUGUUUAGUGAAUAAGCGAGUGCGCUGGAUUUUGUAUUUUGUAUAUAAUGUUUAUCAAUGGGUUUUUGAGACAUCAUAAUAAACCAUGAGACAGAAUGGGAGUAGUUGAAAAUAAAAAUUUCUGCCCAAUCAUAUAAUGCCCUCUAAUCUUGCCAGCCUGGAGCAUGUAUGUUCUAUUGUGGCACUGGGAUAAGGCACACUGUGCUGUGCCAGUCAAACUGUGCGCUAUGGAGAAUAACAUAACAUGUUAAAGGGAAACUAUAGCGCCAAGGAAACAUAGUUGUUUUCCUGGCACUAUAGUUUCCUAUAGUGCCCCCCUAUCUGUUGGAACCCACCCGCAGUGCAGAAGGGGUUAAAAAUGCUGAUGUCCCUCGGCGCUGGCUUGGGCUCCACCUCCGCUCGCAUUAGGAAUUCCCCUAUAGGAAAACAUGCAUUAUGCUUUCAUAUGGGGUUUUGGGUGAUGCUGGAUGUCCCCAUGUAUAGACACCAAAUGACCCGGAAGUCCCUAUAGUGGCUGUCUGAUAGACAUCCACUAGAGGUGAAGUUAACCCUAGUAGGUAACCCUGCUGGUUCUUAAAAACUGCAGUAAUUACCUUUGCAGGGUUAUGGUACCUGGGACACUGCACCUACACUGCCUAUAAUAACACUUUAAUAUAUUGCACAACUAUGAAUUUUUUUAAACAUUUUUUUGUAUUUUAUUGUGCAGUUGUUCCAGGUUUAGUCAAAAUGUGCAAAGUCAAGGCUAUUCACAAUAUACAUAAUAAAUACAUAAUAAAUAACUUUAGGAAAUAAUGCACGGAAAUGUAAAGUGUUCUUCCUUUGUAAUAAACACAUUGACGUUUAUUGAACAUAAGAAAGGUUUACUGGCAAUUUUCCUUUAAUAGCCACAACAAUUCCAUUAAAUUCAGACUGACACUCACUGCAUUUCGGCCAAUAUUUGACAGCUGCCUCAUUUCCCUACAAUUGGAAUCUUCGUAUAUACAUUUCAAGGAAAGAAAAGGCUCUUUAGCAUUUAUUGGAAAGCCGUUUCCUGUAAUUUUCUCAAAUGCUAUGUAAUCAUUUACUCUAUCGGUAAUUUUCAGACGUUCAAGUCAAUCAGUGGUCAAGGUUAAUUCCCAUAAUGUGACUGAGCCAUGUAAUUAGAUUAUUACUGUACACCAUUGGAAUGUUUCUUGAUUACUGGUGACAUCAUAUAGUACACAAUCCUUAUUUUUACUUUUGUAAUCAGGAUUUCAUGAUAUACUGUAACAAAUCCCCCAUUUAUCUUUUAUCUGGGUUAUUUUUAAUGUAGACAAUGGCUAUUAUCUGGGUUAGGCAUUUUUUUAAAUGAAGAAGCAGGCCUUAAAUCAGGUAAAUACAUUGCAGAUGAACAACAACACAUGACAUAUUACACCGUGCCAUGAUUUAUUUAAGAAAAAUAAAGCCAAAAUGGAGAAGCAAAUGGAGAAGAAUAUUUAAAUAUUAUUUUUAAAAUGCUUAAAACCAACAUGUCUACAUUAAUGAUUUAGAAAUCAUUGUUUAGAGUUUUGUUGACACCUUAAACUAAUAAUGAAAGACAUUUAUAUAUAUUUUUAAACUGUACAAUUUUUUGAUGGUACAGCCAUGUACAUUGUAUAUAUGAGCAUGCUCACAUGCAAGUGCACUAUCGGCUGCCCAAAUGGCACAAUUCUAACCUUCUUGAAGAUUAUACAUAGAAUCGUUUGGUACAAAACAGGCGUUCAUAACAUCAGUUUACCUUUAUUUACUUUAUCACUUUAUUUUGAUUGAACACAAAUUGGGUUCUUCUAAACAUCCACAUUUUUUGAUUGAGGCUUAAAUAGCCCUGUUCUUAUUGGAAAGUGACCCGACUAGCUCUAAGAAAUCCAGCAUCUUAACCUCAUCUUAUUCAAGGGGUCUUCGCAAAACUAUAAGUAGACAACUCAAAAUGCAAUUUUACCAUUGAAAUGUUUGACAUCAAAAGUAAAAAUUACUGUUUCUAUUGAGCAAUUACAUAUAUACACUGACAUCUGGUUUCUACAACGUGUCAAUUGCUGCACAUCUGUUCUAAACAUUUUAACAGUAUAUAAUUACUAACUUUUAUAUCCUAAGCUACAUUUACACAGGAAAUAAAAUAAAAUGAAUUUGGUUUUAAUACUAAUAUAGCAGCAGAGCUAUUAUUCUAAAUUGUUACUCUGAAUCAUUGUUUUAGUGUUUAUUCUGCUUUGGACUGUAAGCCAGGUUUCUAUACCUUGUGGUAAGUGGAGUGAUAGAAUGAGUUUGCACAAACUCCAAUUAUUAACAUUUUGAGUUGGAAUUACAUCACUCAGCCAGCAUAUUUAAUCCUUUAACUGGAGUUGUUCUGAUUCAGUGACUAAUAGAAUUAUGCUGGAUUCCUUUUCGAAAUGGGUUGGUAGCUUUAUGCAUUAUUUAUAGAUAUGCAUGUAACUAAAUCCUUGUUUUUGGAUCUAAAUUCUAUUUUCUCCAUGUUUAGGUGGUUUAAUGGAAUGCACUUAUUCUGUGAUAGUCGUAUAAUUUUACAGAUCAAUGUUAUAUUUCUGUAUAAUUCUAUCAAUUACUAUUUUGGUAGCACUCUAACUGAAAUUAGUAAAUGGCCCUUUUUGAGUUGUAUUUCUCAUUUAAUAAUAGCUUUUUUAUAUCUAUGCCUCCACUUUCCUUUUAGUGAUCUCAGUGGAAAUGUGUAUAUAAAAGUGGACCUGUAACAUUCCCAAUCUUCACCGCUCCCUGCAGACACACAUCUUGUCCAGACCUAGACGUGUCUUCUAUUCAAAUACUCUCUUGCGCAACAAACACUUCACAAGGAACAGAGGGUAAGAAACACUAGUUUAGGGUAGACAAUGGGGUAGAUUUAACAAAAAAGCAUGUCGCUACAAACACAGAAUGUGGAACUUGUAAAUAUUAAUAAUUAAAGGGACACUAUAGUCACCUGAACAACUUUAGGUGACUGAAGCAGUCUUGGUGUAUAGAACAUGCCCCUGCAGCCUCACUGCUCAAUCCUCUGCCAUUUAGGAGUUAAAUCCCUUUGUUUAUGAACCCUAGUCACACCUCUCUGCAUGUGACUUGCACAGCCUUCCAUAAACACUUCCUGUAAAGAGAGCCCUAUUUAGGCUUUCUUUAUUGCAAGUUCUGUUUAAUUAAGAUUUUCUUAUCCCCUGCUAUGUUAAUAGCCUGCUAGACCCUGCAAGAGCCUCCUGUAUGUGAUUAAAGUUCAAUUUAGAGAUUGAGAUACAAUUAUUUAAGGUAAAUUACAUCUGUUUGAAAGUGAAACCAGUUUGUUUUUUCAUGCAGGCUCUGUCAAUCAUAGCCAGGGGAGGUGUGGCUAGGGCUGCAUAAACAGAAACAAAGUGAUUUAACUCCUAAAUGACAGUGAAUUGAGCAGUGAAAUUGCAGGGGAAUGAUCUAUACACUAAAACUGCUUUAUUUAGCUAAAGUAAUUUAGGUGACUAUAGUGUUCCUUUAACCACAGAAAGCUGUGCAAAAAGUCCAGUUUUUAAUAUUUGUCUUGAUUCUGAUUUUCAAUAUUUCUCAGGUGAGUCAUGUAAGGAGAAAAAAAUAAAAAGAGAUCACCAAUUAAAUCCAAUUGUUUAUGAAAACAAGUGUUAAAAAAACAAGAUAAAAAUGGCCACUCAAAUAUAGUAGAGCUUCGUACAAGUUCUAUUAAGGUCAGUGUGUGGUGGUGCAAUCCCCUCUAAGGAUAAUGGUCCUCAAUGUGUCAUCGUUCCAGGUAUCAAACCAAAAAACUAAAGGAGGGAAAAGACGAUAAUGCAUUGAGGACCAUUAACCUUAGAGGGGAUUGUACCGCCCUACACUGACCAUAAUAUUAUUAUUAUUAUUAUUAUUGCCAUUUAUAUAGCUCCAACAGAUUCCGUAGCACUUUACAAUAUUAUAAGAGGGGGGAUAUAGGUAUAACUAGGACAAUUACAAGAAAACUUACAGGAACGAUAAGUUGAAGAGGACCCUGCUCAAAGGAGCUUACAGUCUAUAGGAGGUGGGGUGUAAAACGCAAAAGGACAGGGAAUAGCAUUUAAAAUAGGUGGGAGUGAAGCAGAGCUGGAGGAGAGAGUAAAGUGCUGCCCUAUAGGAGAGAGCAAGAGACAGGUAUGUGAGGUAGAGGUUACUCUGGUAGGCCAUAAGCUUUCCUAAAGAGAUGGGUUUUAAGGCACUUGUUAAAUGAUUGAAGACUAGGGGAGAGUCUGAUGGUGUUAGACAGGCUAUUCCAUAGGAAAGGAGCCACCUGCGAGAAGUCCUCCAAGUGUGAAUUUGCCGUACUGGUGCGAACAACGGACAGGAGAAGGUCACUGGCAGAGCGGAGAGAUCGAGAAGGGGCAUACCUAAGGAUCUGUGACGAGAUAUAAGAGGAGCUAGAAUUGGUCAAAGCUUUAUAGGUAUGGGUUAGCACUUUAAAUUGACUCCUAUAGGAUACAGGAAGCCAAUGUAAGGACUGACAGAGGGGUGAGGUGUGAGAGGACCUACUAGACAGAUAAAUCAGUCUGCAACAGCAUUCAUUACAGACUGUAGUGGGGCAAUACGGUUUUAGGGAAGACCAAUUAGGAGAGGGUUACAAUAAUCCAUGCAGGAAAUUACUAGAGCAUGGACAGGUUCCAUGGUAGCAUCUUGCGUAAGAAAGGGGCGGAUGCGGGCUAUGCUUUUAAGAUGGAAUCUACAGGAUUUGGUAACAUACUGGAUGUGAGGCUCAAAGGUGAAGCCAGAAUCAAGUAUGAUGCCAAGAUGCCAGCGCGCUUAGUUUAAAUUGAGGAAGUGAGACAUAGGGUAAAGACAAGUCUUUCCAGAAGCUUUGAGGAAAAAGGGAGCAGGGAUAUGGGACGCUAGUUAGAGGGGGAGGAUGGGUCGAGAGAUGUUUUUUCAGGAUAGGUACUACAGUGGCAUGUUUAAGGUUAGCAGGGACAAUGCCAGAAGAGAGAGCAGUUGAAGAUGUGUAAUAAGGAAGGCACAAGACAAGGGGAGAGAGAUCUGAUAAGGUGAGAUGGGACAGGAUCAAGCGGGCAAGUGGUGGGGCGAGAUUAAAGUUAAAGUGCAGCCGGCUCUUGUUCAGUAGCCGGGGAGAAAGUCUGAAGGGUAGGAUAGGCAUGAUCUACUUGUGGUUGAGAAAGAGAAAGGCAGGGUGUGGAGAAUUCUAUCUUUCUUUCUUAGUAGAGCUUGUACGAGACUUUACUUUAUUUGAGUGGCCAUUUUUAUCUUGUGUUUUAACACCAAUUUGUAUUUGCAGUGGAUUUCUAUUUUUUAUGCUCCCCCCCUUUACACAUCUGAGAAACAUUGAAAAAUCAGGAUCAAGACACGGAUUAAGAACUGGACUUUUUUGUUUGUUUUUUUAAAAAGAUUUUCUGUGGUUUAUUAUUUAUAAGUUUUACAUUCUGUGUUUGUUGCAACCUGCUUUUUUGUUACACCUUUUGUUUUUCUCUGUUAGGACUUGCAGGGAACCCUAAAUCCAGUGUUUGCAGCUCUAUUUUACCUUUAGAUCAGACAUUAGCGCUGUACCCACAUUUUUUCAGUUUUUACUGGGGUAAUUUGCAUUAUUGUCUAAACAAAAAGCGUGUUUGCAAAGAUCCAAGUAAAACACACAACAUUAGAUCAUCAGGCAUAUUCUCUCAGUUACCUCAGCAACAAAUCCUUCAAAUGUGAUGCAAGAUAUAGAAACAUUUAUAGAGCAGUCCUAACACCCGUGGCGCUCCUCUGUUGUUAGUAGCCAAAUCAUUUUAGAACAUUCUGGCUUCUUACAGCCAGGGGCCGUUCCCUGCAUCCUCUCUGCAGCCAGGAGAGCCCGAUACUCCUACUUAGGAACAUCUCUUAGACCUCCUGUCAGCUCUACUGUCAGCUGAUCACUCUUAGCCAAUGAGCUAAGCCCUGCGCUGCCAGACCUACCUCAGACAGACAGCUUAUGGCUCUCUCGUAGCACUAGUAGUAGCAUACGCUAGGAGAGAAGUCAAACUGUCAAAAUACAAUUUUACUACUUAUUUUGGGUAGACACCAAGGCACAUACGGCACCAAAAGCACUUCAGUGUGCUGAAGUGAUUAUGGUGCUUGCCAUAUUCCUAUAAUUCUUCACAACAUUUUCAUUGGAAUCUACACAGUUCAGAGUAGUCUGCUUUGCACAUAAGAAAGUAGCACUGCUACAGUAACUAAUUUAUUGUGAGGAUGGGUACCCAAUUUUGGAUAUAAGAAGAACCACUGAACGCCUGUGACAUAUACAAAAUAUUUCACAACCGGUUUGUUUUGGGCAGAUGAAGAGGAGAAAACUCUCAUUCAAAACUCACUGUCUAGGGUUAGCAGAGAUAUAAAUCUUCAGGGUUUCUCUAAAACAAUAGUUACUUUUUUAUCUGGACAUAAUGUAAGGUCACCGCAAUGGUAAAAGAAACACAUGAGUAUUUUUGAUCCCAUUUCUUUUCUUUCUGUUUAAAUCCCUUUAGAGAUGACAAAGGUAAUCGGCACAUGAUAUGCAUUGCUACACCACCCGAUGCAUGGCUAGCCCCAGGUGUAAUGUUACAGAUCUGCUCUGCUAUCUCUUAGAAUUUGUAAGGUCUAGUUUUGGCUCAACAGCUUAGUAGUGAGUCUGAUUCUGUCUGACACAGCAAUACAGCAGCCCGGCAGACAUCCAAUUAACCACAGAUCACUGCAAAAGCAUCUUGUUAAACUGUAAAAGAAACACUGUACACAGUCAUACACAGGCAAAUAAAUGGACUUUGAACAUAUUUGCAGUUAAAUAUUAAAUUCAAAGGGCUCUGCAUAUGGCACACUUCACUCAGCGUUCUUUAUUUUGCAAAGCACGUCAGUGUUCCGAAAACAAUAUGACCGGAAACAAGAAGGCUAGUUUAAGUAAAGUCAUUGAAUUCAAGAGUGAAGGGUUGAUAAUAAAAAUCUGAAAUUGCAAGUAGAUGAGGGUGAAAGGCUGGCAGGUGAUGUGCUAAAAUGGGGGUAGAUACAUUAAUUGGCUUUCCAGUGGACGCCGUUGAUGAAACAUUGCUGUUUUGAGAGAUGGCAGUACACUUGAAAAUAUUUAAGCGUAAAUUAAUAAAUGGAAUGAUGACAGAAAUUAAAGGAACGCUAUAGCGCAUGGAAAACAGAUGUGUAUUCAGAAAACCAGAGCGCCCUGUUAAAUGUUUAAGCCCACCUUGUAAGGAGUCAAAACGCAGUUUCAAUCACCUUUACUCCCACGCAGCACCUGUGUCCAUGCUGCUAUCCCAACUCCAUCGAGUUUGAUUAUAUCAGCCAAUCAAAUGCUUCUCAUCAGUGGCAAAACACUACGCCAAUGAAAUGGUCUCUAUGACCAUUUGAUAGAAAUAGCAGCAUUUUUAAGGAACCACCUCUAGUGGUGUUCCGAGUGACAGCAUUUUUACACUGCAGGGACAAAACUACAGGAACAUGGCAAUUGAGAUGAAGUGGCCUGGCUGCCUAAAGGGUCCUUAUAAUACACCUAAUACAUUUGUUGGCAUUUUUUUUUUUAAAUAAAAUUCAAGACAAUAAUGUAACGCUAUGAUGGUUGCCAAGCUUAUACUGUUAGGGGCCUUGGAAGUAAAGUCACUAACAAUAUGGUAUGCCAUGUGUGGUUAUAAUUUUUAAACACAAUUAACGUAUAUAUAGAAAUAUUUUAAAAAAAAAUACAAUUAAUAUGGAGUUUUACAAAUACGUGUACAGACUAGAUAGAGAGCACUGUGUUAGAGAGCUGGUCGUAAGUCCGAGCAGUCAUAAAACAGGUAAGUCACAGAGUGAGGGCUACCUGUUUAUAUAUAACAUAUGAGAUUCAGUGCACUCACUCAUUCACUAAACAGAGACUUGUAAGCUCACAGAAUUUAGAAUUUAAUAGUUUUCUUAAAAAAAAAAAACGGACUUGGGCAAAAAUAGUAGGGAUUUAGUUCCAGUGUAAGAUCACAUAUUGCAUAAGCCUGCUACAACGCCAAUAUAUACACUUUAUUUUCUUUAACUGAUGGUGCGUUUUGAUAACUGUGAAUAACAGGGAAUACUGUAUGUAGAUAUGAGUUUGCACUAAGAAACAAACAUAUUUGCGAUACACGUGUACUUGUGAACUACUCCCAUGGAUGUUUUGCUAACGUACACAUUGUAUCAGGGUUUACAUUCGAUGUGCAGUCAUGUGAUUGGGCCUUUUGUUUCUGUGUGCAGCACCAAUCUUUUAAUAGCACAAGGGCUUGAAACAGUUCAAUAACAAAGUAAGGGAAUGUUAACCAAUGUUUAGCAAGACAGGAAUCACAAACUACUGUUUAUUAAAAACACACGCCAAAUACCAUGACCACUGCAGCACUUUCUAUAGAUUGGAACUGAGUCAAAUAGUUCUCAGAAAAAUCAAUCAUUAGAAAGUUGCAGUACUCAAAAUAAGAGGUGAUGAGGCACUGGACAAUACUUUUUUUUGUGGAAGCUUGUCCGAGAACUGGAUGUUUUUAGACAACAGUUGUGAAGUGGAGGGUGCUUUGUCGUCCCCCUUUUCUCUAUAAAUAUUUAAGCAGGGGCAGGAUGGGCCGGGAGGCAAUUGCCCCCCCACCCAACCCAAAACACUAGCCAAACCCGGCUGGUAAUCCCUUUAGAGAUGCUAUACCAGCAGCAUUGCCAGUAUGUUUUGUGGUUGGCAGCCAGGAGGCAGUGCGGUGCAGCUGCACUGUGCAUAUGCAGAGCCCAGAUCCUGUCUAUCUGCCUCUCGUGCUUUCCGUGAAGGUUGUGAAACACGUGAUCUUUGACAUAUGACUUCACCAAAUGUGCGGAGAGGUAGAGAAACAGGAUGCCCAUGCACAUACACCGAGUAUGAGCACCACGCUGCCUCCCACUAGACAACACGGAGGGCCUAGAGAUGCCAUCUGGGUCCUGGGGUAAGUGCAGGGGAUGCAAUCUGGCUGCCUGAGCAAGUUGCUCUGGGCAGAGAGGUGGCACAGAGCUGCUCGGUGCAGAGCAAUGGCACAGAGAUGUUGGGGGCAGACAGAUGGCCCUGGCAGCUUGAUUGAGGGCACAGAUGGCACUGGCAGGCUUUUUGGAGGCAUGUAUGGCUCAUUUGCACGAUAUACAAAUUUUAUGAAUUUACUGCUCAAUGGCAAGUCUAUACAGUUACUGCUUUUUGGCAUGAUAUACCAAAAAUAUGCAUUUACUGCCCUUAGGCAUGAUAACCAAGGUUUAUGCAUUUACUGUUCAUUGGCAUGAUACAUUCCAUUUUUAUAUUUACUGUUUAUUGGCAUGAUAUACAUGGUUUAUGUAUUUAAUGCAUUCAUAGCAUUCCCUUACUGGGAAGUCCCUCAGCAUUCCUUCAGAACUACUAAAUACUUGCCUGGUUGGGGAGAACACCCUUUUUGAUUAGCGAUGUCCAAGUGUCAAGUUGGCAAAGCAAUUGCUCCCCAGGCUGCUCUCAAACCACUUUUCACAUCUAAAUGCCCUAGUGCAGUGGUAGUCAACCUUUUUCUACCUUCCGCCCACUAAUGCAUCUUUCUUGAUGGAAAAAUAUCCUUACCGCCCACCAGUUUUCGCGCAAGUGCAGAAUAUUUUUUAGAGAGGAGGGUGUUUUUUUUUUUUUUUUUAAAUGUUCGUACAUUUAUCUUUUUAUUUCUACUUUAUGCAUGUUUAUAAUGUUUUUAACUUUAUAAAGUUUAAUAAGAAAACAAUAAAGUAAAUUGAAAUUACCUUUACUAGUGAUUACUGAGAUCCUUGAGGUUGAUGCUGCGAGACUAAACAUUUGAUAUCUGGUUCGAUUUUCGUAAGGAACAAACGAAGGUCUCCUCUUUCGGUGAUAUUCAGAUGACUUCUCUGUUUGCUCAUAAUAUGAUUUCUCAUCUGUGCGUCAGCUCCCCUCCUCUCCCUCCUCAAUUCCCCUCCCCACCUUUUUUUCCCUUUUUUCUAUUUUUUAACCUUACUUUUAGCAAUGCCCAGUAGGAAGGCUGAGCUAGGUAGCCCACUUACUAUUACUUACUAUAGCCCACUUUAACAGACAGACACACAUACAUACAGACACACACACACAAGACACACACACACGGGCCGCAAAUGGUGACAGCGGUAUCCGGUCACAGGGGUACCACCGGCUCCCACCCGCCCGCCCAGUCUCUCAAAACGAGGAAAUCCCUACCGCCCACCUGGAAUCCUGAAAUGCCCACUAGUGGGCGGUAGGGAUCAGGUUGACGACCCAUGGUCUAAUCCUUUUUUCUAUUUUUUAGCCCUCCUUAUAGCAAUGCCCAGUAGGAAGGCUGAGCUAGGUAGCCCACUUACUAUUACUUACUAUAGCCCACUACAACAGACAGGCACACAUACAUACAUACAGACACACACAAGACACACAUACAUACAAAGACACAUAAACACAUACAUACAGACAGACAGAAGACACACAUACAUACACACAUACAUAUACAAACACAUACAUCACAGGGGGCCCGGCUGCGCUGUUAAAGCGCCCAGCGCUGACCAGGCCCCCUCACAAUCCAUUACCAUCGGGUGACCCUGACAGCAUGGGCCACCCGAUGAACUCCUUGGACGGCGGCCCCCGGUGGAUUGCCGCGCGAGCAGGGGGCCUGCAAAUGGUAAUGGCGGGUACCCGGUCGCAGGAGUACCGCCGGCUCGAACCCACCCGCCCAAUCUCUCAAAAUUAGGAAAUCCCUACUGCCCACCUGGAAUCCUGAAACGCCCACUAGUGGGCGGUAGGGACCAGGUUGACGACCCAUGCCUUAGUGUAUAGCACUUUGAUUCUUUCUGUUUUAUUAUCCUGUAUGUCUAUCAACACAUUUAUUUUGUUUAUGUCCUUGUGUCUAUCACUGAUGUUAGCGGGUGGGUUGGUAAAAUUGCACUAUGGGCCACUAAAUUGUUUCUGCCCCCAGGCCACACGUUGACAGCUCUCCCCUGGAUUUAAAUAUAUCACUAAGGACUGUGCAUGGUCCGUUCUGGAUACAAUAAAAGGGAGAAGAUCCUGUAAUACGUGGGAAGAGGAAUGUGUAAAAAUGAUAAAUUCAUAAUCUAUGUUUCUAAUAGCUAACCAGGAGACAUGCUGUAUAUUUUUUUAUUGACAGUUGUUAAUGAACACCAAUGAUCUAAUCAGGAUCUAAAACAAGGAUAUAAAAACUAAACAGUUUCUUGAAAAAACAACAGUCUCUAGGGAGAGUAUUUAAACUAAAUUUUGUCAAUUUAAGUUUCACUCCACCAUCUUUGGGGUAAUUUGUACAAGGAUCCUCACCUGCCCACUUACACAAUACAAAAAUGAUAAGUAAGUAUUUUUUCAAAGUUUUGAAGCUUGACUGCUGUCAUUACUACCAACAUUCACUUUUUAAAACUCAAAGAAUUCUGCAACAUGCCAUGUAGUAGGAAAGACAAUCACGCAAACGUAACAUGUUUCUUGCCCUGCCAAUCCCUCAGACAUAAAACAAAUCUACUUGAUUGUCUUCGGGUACUGCAGAGGUAAAUCCCUAGGCGUUGUUACUGUCACUUAGUUUGUCCGAGUUAAUACAAUCUCUACUGCCAGCAACCCAACAUAAUGAGCCCCACUAUAAACCUGGGCUUCUUUUCUGGGAAUACAAUUUGGAAGGAAUCCUUGAGUGCUUGCUGGACUAUAAUUUGGGUCAUUGUUUCUAUUUAGUAAGUGAAUAUUUGUGAUAGUAGUGAAUGUAUUCUAUGGGGACACUAUACAGGGAGUGCAGAAUUAUUAGGCAAAUGAGUAUUUUGACCACAUCAUCCUCCUUAUGCAUGUUGUCUUACUCCAAGCUGUAUAGGCUUGAAAGCCUACUACCAAUUAAGCAUAUUAGGUGAUGUGCAUCUCUGUAAUGAGAAGGGGUGUGGUCUAAUGACAUCAACACCCUAUAUCAGGUGUGCAUAAUUAUUAGGCAACUUCCUUUCCUUUGGCAAAAUGGGUCAAAAGAAGGACUUGACAGGCUCAGAAAAGUCAAAAAUAGUGAGAUAUCUUGCAGAGGGAUGCAGCACUCUUAAAAUUGCAAAGCUUCUGAAGCGUGAUCAUCGAACAAUCAAGCGUUUCAUUCAAAAUAGUCAACAGGGUCGCAAGAAGCGUGUGGAAAAACCAAGGCGCAAAAUAACUGCCCAUGAACUGAGAAAAGUCAAGCUGCCACGAUGCCACUUGCCACCAGUUUGGCCAUAUUUCAGAGCUGCAACAUCACUGGAGUGCCCAAAAGCACAAGGUGUGCAAUACUCAGAGACAUGGCCAAGGUAAGAAAGGCUGAAAGACGACCACCACUGAACAAGACACACAAGCUGAAAUGUCAAGACUGGGCCAAGAAAUAUCUCAAGACUGAUUUUUCUAAGGUUUUAUGGACUGAUGAAAUGAGAGUGAGUCUUGAUGGGCCAGAUGGAUGGGCCCGUGGCUGGAUUGGUAAAGGGCAGAGAGCUCCAGUCCGACUCAGACGCCAGCAAGGUGGAGGUGGAGUACUGGUUUGGGCUGGUAUCAUCAAAGAUGAGCUUGUGGGGCCUUUUCGGGUUGAGGAUGGAGUCAAGCUCAACUCCCAGUCCUACUGCCAGUUCCUGGAAGUCACCUUCUUCAAGCAGUGGUACAGGAAGAAGUCUGCAUCCUUCAAGAAAAACAUGAUUUUCAUGCAGGACAAUGCUCCAUCACACGCGUCCAAGUACUCCACAGCGUGGCUGGCAAGAAAGGGUAUAAAAGAAGAAAAUCUAAUGACAUGGCCUCCUUGUUCACCUGAUCUGAACCCCAUUGAGAACCCGUGGUCCAUCAUCAAAUGUGAGAUUUACAAGGAGGGAAAACAGUACACCUCUCUGAACAGUGUCUGAGAGGCUGUGGUUGCUGCUGCACGCAAUGUUGAUGGUGAACAGAUCAAAACACUGAUAGAAUCCAUGGAUGGCAGGCUUUUGAGUGUCCUUGCAAAGAAAGGUGGCUAUAUUGGUAACUGAUUUGUUUUUGUUUUGUUUUUGAAUGUCAGAAAUGUAUAUUUGUGAAUGUUGAGAUGUUAUAUUGGUUUCACUGGUAAUAAUAAAUAAUUGAAAUGGGUAUACAUUUGUUUUUUGUUAAGUUGCCUAAUAAUUAUGCACAGUAAUAGUCACCUGCACACACAGAUAUCCCCCUAACAUAGCUAUAACUAAAAACAAACUAAAAACUACUUCCAAAAAUAUUCAGCUUUGAUAUUAAUGAGUUUUUUGGGUUCAUUGAGAACAUGGUUAUUGUUCAAUAAUAAAAUUAAUCCUCAAAAAUACAACUUGCCUAAUAAUUCUGCACUCCCUGUAUACAACAUGCAGUGGUUAUGGUGUCUAAAUUGCCUCUUUAAUAUAUUUUAUGAAAAAAUUGAAUAAUUGUAAUCCUUGUUCAUACGGUGUUAAAUUUUACUAUACGGCAAUGAGAUUUGUCAUAUCAAAUUUAAAGGGACACCAUAGUCACCUGAACAACUUCAGCUUAAUGAGGUUGUUCAGGUGAGAACUAUAGCUCCCUGCAGCCUCUAUCAUGUAAACACUGUAUUUUCCAAGAAAAUACAGUGUUUACAUUGAAAGCUAGGAACACCUCCAGUUGCAGUCACUCAGAGUGAAGCAGAGGGACUUCGGAGUUGAUGGAGGCAUAAUAUGCCUCCAUCCACUCAGAUCUGCUGUCAGCAGAGCACAGGGCAGCACUGUGCACAGUAUCCUGUGAUUCAGUAUCUCCUCCCUCUGCAUGCAGACACUGAACUUUCCUCAUAGAGAUUCAUUGAUUCAAUUCAUCUCUAUGAGGAGAUGCUGAUUGACCAGGGCUGUGUUUGAAUCAUGCUGGCUCUGCCCUUGAUCUGCCUCUUUGUCAGUCUCAGCCAAUCCUAUGGGGAAGCACUGUGAUUGGAUCAGGCUACCACAUGUCAGAAGACUGCUUGUUUUUCUGAGUCUAACAGCAUGCAGAUUUAAAGCUUCAGGCUUGAAAACAGUAAGAUUUUUACUAUAUUUAUGGAGGCAUGAGGGGCCCGGGCUAGAUGGUGGUGGUAACACUAUAGGGUCAGGAAUACAUGUUUGUGUUCCUGACCAUAUAGUGAUCCUUUAAUUCUUACCCAUUAACGCAGAAGCUUUUAUAUGGAUAGAUAGACAGAUAGACAUAUUACAUUAGGUUAGAUAUUGUCCUGGACAACCAAUCAGAUAUCAUGGUGGUAAACAAGGAAUGGAAGAUACCCAGUGACCAUAACAUCAAGAAGGAACAUGUGAAGAUGGACAAAUACCAAGGACUGAAAGAUGAGCUAGAAAGGAUGUGUACAGUGAAGGCAGUAGUAGUCCCAGUAGUCUCAGACCCCCAAGUUGAGGGAGUGGCUUCAACAGAACAUCAGAGAUCACUGUCCAGAAGAGUUCUAGGAGCAGCUAUACCCUCAGACUCCCUGGCCUCUGGUAGAGGACUGGAGAAUGUGAAAUACAAAUAAUACCAACUUUAAAGAUGGCUAGAUUCAAGUUUAAAAAAAUAAUAAUAAAUGAUUUAAGAAAACAUAUCAGGGAUUUAAUUACAGUAUCUGAUCAUACAUUGUAUAGUUUGCCAGGAUGCCGAAUUAGCCCAUUUUUGGCAGGUACUAUCCCAGCUACGCAUUGCUUACUCUUAGGAGAGAGGUGUGUGUGUGUUUUCUUCCAAGGCGUUUAUAUACUGAUGAGUUCAAGUCUAUCAGUUUGUGAGACAAAGCUAAUAUCAGUAGAACUUGAAAUUAGGGUUCCGCAGAGAAUACAUGAAGAAUAAUUUAUAAGCUGCAAGGAGAGGCAGUAAUUUCAGGCAGAGUAGCACGUUUCAUAUAUUAUCCAGCAGCAUUAAGAUGUGAUGUGUGUACAAGAAAAAUGGUCGGUAGGUCUGGCAACCCUAGUCGCAAUGCCUUUCUGAUCCUGGCAUUUCAAGGGUUAACAAUACACUUUUAUUGCUGUUCUUUGAGCUGCAGUACCUCAGUCUACAGGUAGGGUGGAAUUACAAGAAAAUCGCCUGUACUGCAUUUUCAUGUAAAAUGACUCAAACACUUAGAAUGUCCCUGUUAUGAUACAUUCACCAUGGCUGACAGACUCUCAUAAACGUGUCACAGCUGACAGCAGCCAGAGGGAAGUCAAUGACAGUCAGCUAUGCUCAAUGUGGGAGACAGGAAUUCACAGUGAAUUAGCCAGGUUUAGGGGUUAACCUGCUAUUCUGGGCAAAGUUCUAAAUAAUGACAAAUCACCUGGAAACCAUUGGAAUGUGCAACAUUUAGCAUUUGCACACAUAAUUGCCCCUUUUUGACAAUUGUAUGACUUUAAUAUGAUACUUGUGAUUUGUUUGUGCUUUUUAAAUCCUUUAUUUUAAGCCACUAUUAUAGUAAUUAUAGUAAAUCAAGUAGAGAACAAAGUGGCAAAAGUUCACAUUUUCAGAAAAGAAUAGAGGGAUCCAGACCUCAACCUAAUGGCAAAAUUAUUGUUUUAAUAUUUGGCCUGUAUGGUUUCUGUCCACUGGUUAGUAAAUGCCUCUGCUAUCAACGACAACAGUUUCAGAAACACAGCUUCAGGCAUGCUAGGCGUGUACAGGGAGAGUGGGAGUGUAAGGGGCUGGCCAGGGGAGGGCAGGCAAUGCUGCAUGGUCUAGCCUGCUGCCUUCAGAGUCUCCUACACUUUGCAGCCACAGCUCCCAACAUCCCUCACUUAGAGAGACACACAUCCUGACCCAAUAACAUCCCUGUAUUAGAGAGCUCACAGGGGACCAAACUCCUGCACUAUCAGGCUCAGCCAGAGGACUCCAUUGGGGGAGAUGACUGAUAGUAACUGCACCCCUCAAUUUUUGGGGAGGUGAGAAGUGAGCCUCAGACGAUAUCCCUUUCUCUCUUGAAAGAGGGGACUUGAGUGGGUCUGUUCAUCUGAUUGGAGAUCUAUCCACUUAUUAGAAACAUUUAACUCGGGAUAAUUAAGGCCUUUUUUUUUUCUUCUCAAGAAAAAAUAUUUUUCACUAUUUCUGUGAAAGUCUAUGAGGGUUUUCAGCAUAUUUCCUGCCAUGGAUGUUCUGGGCUGGCUGGUGGUACUUUUAGGAUCCUCUACCCUGGCUGCAGGUUGGUUUCAAUAUAAUUCUGUUAUGUGUCACACUUUUACAUUUAACAGCCCUGAUGUCAAUCAUUAGUAUCGAUCCUUCGAAUACAUAGCUGUUAGUGUAACUGGUGCAUGCAUAAGGUUGAUAAAUUCUUAGGAAAGUGUUGGGGACAGGAGUACCACUGUCCUCAAAUCAGGUAUUUUACUGUAGCUGUGUCAUACUAUAGAUCUUAUAUUUAAAGCUCUUUCCUUUAACACAUUCGAUGCCAAGGGACAAUGGGCAGACCCUCCAAAUCUGUUCAACUUUAAUAUAAACUAAAGUAAUUCUCAUAACUAAAGUCUGAUAGUGUUGGAUAGUUCCAAGAUACAUCUCCUGUUUUAAGUUUUAUCAUUUUGGGCCCAGAUUCUCCAGAUUACUUAUUAGUGAGUGGAUGAGUGUUUUUGUUUUAUUUUGCAAUUGGCAAGUCUGAAUUCUGCCUGAUUUAGACAGUGUUUACUUAACCCAUUCACUGCCAAACUUUAAUUGCAGGUAAUCCUGUAUUUAGUAAUGCUGUUAAGGUAUAAACAGGUGUUUAUCUGGGGGGUUAAAGUGCUCAAUAGUAAGAGCAAUCACCAUGGAAACGGAUAGAAUGUGUGUGUGUAUGUGUGUGUUACACCUUGCCCAAGCAUAGUGCAAUGUUACCAUGAUAAAUAUGGCGCAGUGCAUGCAAUAGUAUCAGCAAUACACCGUGAUACUUUGUAUUGAGAGUUUUGUCAGGUGGAAGGGAUUUGGGGUUUCUUUAGGGAAAAUGUGUGCACAUUGUUUGUACACUGUGAGCCACAUGGUUGGAAGUGGAGCAAUCACCAUGGGAACCAAUGGCAUGUUCUUUUGUUUUACUCUUUAUCAUAUAGAAAAUUGUAAACAUAAGACUAAAAUAUAAAAAAAGAGAACAUAAUUCCUCCAUUUGGCCUAAACUUUGCAAGUUCCUUGUCUCCCCCCUCCCCCUUAUGUCCUGUUUAGUAAAUAAGCCCCCUGUGAUGUUUCCCUAACUAGAUAGUAUUUGUUAGCUAUCAGCACAAAUUGUUUGUUUUCAAGGCAGCCAAGUGCUUUCAUAUCCACAGAUUGCUGUUUAAAUGGAAAUUGUAAUUUACCAGAAUUUUUUUUUAAUUUUAUUUAUCCUCUGUAUUUAGUAAAUCUCUAUUUUGUGAGGUGACAAAUUAAGCUUAAUGUAGUAAUCCAUACAUCUUUACCUUGCUAAUGGGCACAUCCAUAUUAGCUCCCUUGUCAGUCAUUGUUAUAAGAUCUGUGUUUUGCACUGAACUGAAUUGUGAUGUCUUUUGAUAAAUCUUUAAUAUAAACUUAGAGCAUCACCUAAAACAGGUUAACACAAGUUCCAGGUACUUUUAAAUUAUGUAAUUCCCAGGGAAAUUACAGUUCCUCGUUUCAAGGUACAGUCUAAGCUCUACAGCCCGCUACAGUUGUUAUAGUGCCAGGUGUCUCCUGGUGCUGGCCUAGGUAAGAGUCAAACUGUCUUUAAACAGUAGGAAAGUCCACUUUAUUGAUAUCUACUAUCUGGCUGGACUGCAGGUGCAUGGGAACAUGGUAAAUGUCAAACUGUUUAACCCCUUAAGGACCAAACUUCUGGAAUAAAAGGGAAUCAUGACAUGUCACACGUCAUGUGUCCUUAAGGGGUUAAAAAACAAUUUGACCCUUAACAGUGGGUCCUCCUAAGGGUUCUCCUGGUACAGAACCACUACAGUACAUAGUGAUCUUCUAAUCACUCUUCCUCAUCCCUGCCAUGCAGUCUCUCCAUACUGAACCUGUAAGGUACUGAUUGUGUGCAUUUUUUAUAAUCUCUAACCUAUCAACUAAGAAACCGUUAGCAACACAAAUACAUGUUUCAUAUCAAUAAAUUGAAUUACUAAGCCUUAUCUCUGACCAGCCUUUACUGAACUUUAUCAGCUUUGCAAUAUUAACAGAGAUGCACUCCAUUCAUUUUCACUAGAAAUAUCCUCCUCAUGAAGAACUGAGUUCUGUCAUCGGUCUUCUUGCAUUGUAAGUGGUUGUGGUCUCCAAAACAUGUAGGCUAAGCAUCAGCAGGUAUCUCCAUCAUCUCACUUGUAGUUUGGAUUAUAUUUUGAUUUUCAACAAAAUGAAGAUCCCGUCUGCUGUAGAAGUACAUUUCUAGAAUGUGUUACCAACAUUAAAUAUGGAUGACUGUGUCAUAGACAAUUCAUUUUGAAAAAGCCCUUGCAAUAUGCACUUUCUGAUGCUUACAAAUGGACUAGCGUGACCCUGUUGCUAUGAUUCAGUGUUAGUACUUUUGGGGUAUUACUAAGCUAGUAAGUUGCCAAGCAACUUGAAAAUUGUAGGUCAAAUCAGUAGAACUGAAAAAAGUCUCAUUCUCUGUUGAAUUUAUUUUUUUAAAACUCAUGGUUAAUAAGUAAGAGUAAUUCCUCCCUGAAUACCGCUCUAGUCUACAGUAUAUCAGCCUAAACUAUUAUAAAUUAAAAGGUAAAAUUGGUUCUUGGGUUCUCCGUUUGUAACAGAUUAUGUAAGGUGCCAGCGGACCUAUGGAAUAGUUAAAAAGCUGUAGUGUACUAUACAUUGACUGUUAAUUAGUUGCUUUCUCAUGGAGUCUAGAAAUAUCAUUUAUAGGUUAAAAAAAAGCUCCUUUGACUUGUGUUUUUAUCCUAUAUAUUCCCCCCACAUUUUUUUGAAAAACAGAUAUUAUAGAGAUGAAUGUAAGAAAUACUAGAUUCUAAAACCAGGAUAACAUAUGCUCUCCAUAGGCUGCUAUAACUUAUCCAUAAAGGAAGGCAGAGCUCCGAGGAAGCCAGUAGCUGGUCAAUAGCCAUGUCAGAUGGCCCAGCGUUGGAUAGGACCUAGAAAUGUGGUAAACCAUUGCUAAACGGUUUGCACCCUUAUUGUGCUGUAGUGGUUAUGGUGCUGGGACUCAAAUUCAUUAUCUUCCUAGCAGUUCUUUAGAGCCUACUCAUCCUAUAUGACCGCAGUCGGGUGAAACUCUGAAGAUAAAUUUUGCAGAAAUUCACUACAACCACGUGGCUUCUAAAAAGACAGUUUACUGCGUAAUUAGAGUCUAUUUUUACUAUAGUGGUUAUUGUGGAUAAUUGAUAAGAGAAUUGGCAUUUUUAGGCCAAGCUAACAGAGAUGGAAAAUAUGUGAACUUAAGAAUUAUUUCCAGUUUAGCUGUUUUGUCCUAAAAUGACCAUCUUCUUGUCGGUUUUCCACAUUUCUAACUUUGGUCUUUGAAGGAUUCACAGUACAAAGUGCUGCUCAUGUGUAAUAUUUGUUGGGCAAUAGUUACAUUUAGAAUGUAUCUAAUUUUGCCUUUAUUUUGUAUGUCUAUAGCACUCUACUGUAAGUGAACUCUAUAGGUACCAGAACAAAUACAGCUUAAUGCAGCGGUUCUGGUGUUUAUAGCCUGUCCUGGCAUUGUUUACAUUGCUGGCUAGUUACUCCUCUAGUUGCAGUCACACGGCCACUAGAGGUGCUGCACAGUGUCUUCACAUUCUGCAUGGAAACGCUGAACGUUCCCCAGAGAGAUGCAAUGAUUCAAUGUAUGUCUAUGGGGAGAUGCUGCUUGGCACAGCUCUACGUUUUGCCGCCCAUGCGCAAUAGCCUCCCAAUGCUUCCCUAUAGGAAAGCAUUUGAUUGGCUGAGAUCAUUAAGAUUUAUAUCAGUCAUAGAGGCAGGGCCAGCCUUCCUUGCCAUAUGGUUAUAUAUCAAAGUUUGAAGUUUAUUUAAGAUUUAGGCCAAAAUAGACAAAUAGAAAAAUUCUCCAAGUUAGCUAAAUUCUCAGGUUUGCUUUUUUGGCCUCAAAUUUAAAAGUCGCUUUGCUUUUCCGUAAUAUCACAUUUUUGUGAAUAACUUUUUCAGUAUUUUUUUUUUUUUAAAUAUAUACAAAUAUAAAAAAAAUGGUAAGACUAAUUACAUUUGGCUGGGAAUCGUGCAUAACUUUAGUACUAUAAAAUUAGUCCCCUUUCCUACAGAUCAUUGACAACCGUGGUGUAAAAAACAAAAAUAACUUUUACUCAGUUUGCUCUCAAGAUAUUUUAGUUUAGUGAGCUGUUAUGGUACUUCAUAUACACUGUGUUUCUUAAAAGGUUCUACUCCGCAGACUUCAGUUAAAGGAACAGAAGAACUGACACAUUUGCAUUCUUAGAGGCUUGGGGUCGUUUACGUAGUAAUGAAUAUGUAGCAUGCCGGUGACGAAGAUUUCAAAUAUUUCUCAGGUUGGAGUAACUGUAACACAGUUUUUGCUUCUAGCGUAACCUGCAUUUCCUGAAUUUUUCUUGCCUUGUACUGCAAACAAUAAAAAAUAAAAAAUUUUAAAAAUUCAGCGCCUGAUUUACAGCUCUGUUACCCGAGGGGAGAUAUUGAAUUCUCAGGAACCCCUACCUCCCAAAACAAUUUGAAGAGGACAUGAAGGACUUCUCCCAUUCUCUUCUCUACUUAAAUAUUGAAAAGUCAUCACUCUAAAGUAGGUGGGAGUGGGAUGCACAGCAAAAUAUAAAUAAUAAAUAAUAGAAAAAGAGAUAUAGAGAUAUGUAUAAAUACAGUACUUCUAUUGUGAAAAUACUGGCUAAUGGCACACCAAACACCAUUAGGUCAUGAUAAAUGGUGAGUAACUGGAUAUGUUACAAAGCUCCGUUCCUGCUAAGUUCCUACUUACUAAACAAAGGAGACAGUCCUUGUGAACAAGCAAUAACAGGACAUAUGAAUACAAAAUUGUUUUCCAAUAAAAUGACCAUGUAGCUUGGCUCCCACUUCCAAGGGGAAGUAGUAAAAAUCAUGCAUAUAUACAUGUUCUAUAAUUGAAAAAGGUGUAGUGCUCCAAUCAGUAUCUCAUUUAUGUUUAAAAUAAAUAAAAUAGGACAAUAUAGCUGGUUGAGAACCAUGGGACAUUAUGCAAAAGAUGGAUCUUUCGGAGGUGAUCCUUUUUUUUUUUUUAUAUAUAUAUAUAUAUAUAUAUAUAUAUAUAUAUAUAUAUAUAUUUUAAUACUUUUAUCUCUGUUAUGGGUUUUAUGAUGGUGCUGGAUAUACAUUGUGCAUACUGUGGACAAUUGACGGGUAAAGAUUGGGCACCAUGUGGUUUGAUUCCAAUACAUGUGUCAAUUUGGGAAGCCCUGUUACAGUGACGUGGAUGUGUUCGUGCAUUUGUAUUUAGUUAUUGACCUGUCUAUUCAAAGAAACCUUUUGUUUAAAACCUGUGCCUCUCCUCCUCUCCUUAUAGAAAAUGUGGUCGCAUUUUCAUGAAAAACUUUCUGCUUGGUAGUCUUAUCUUACCCCAUCUCUAAGUGGAUUCGUUGUUAGCAGUCAUUUUAAAUUUUAAAGUUAAUUUCAAAUUUAGGGUCAAAUAGACACUACACGAACCAGCCAACGCAAGACAAUUACACGAAUAUACCCCUCCACCUCCUUCAGUGUAUCAAUACACCAAGAUGCAUAAUAGCAGGCCAUGUGCCACUAAUCGACACUAACACAGCUGUACACAUAUGAUAAUAACACUAACACACGGCAACACCAAACUUGUUUAACGAAAGUGAAAAAUCUAAUCCUGCAGAACAUAAGUACUCUUACAUUCUGUCAGGACAUGGUUACUUUGAAUUAUCCAAACACCGAAAGCAACGCCUCUGCGUAGGCGAUUAACCGCUUAACCACAAAUACGUUUGCAAUGGAAUUUAUGUUAUGAACCAAUCAACAUAUUCAAAACAAAGGCAAUACCAAAUCCGCCUCUGCGUAGGCGACAAAAUGCAUACAUCAUUAUAUAUUGACGCUUAAGCCCCUGCGCGGGCAUCUACCUGCUUUAUCACAAAUCAGUUUGAUAUAUGCGAUUAUAUUGUGAGAACAAUAAAAAUAUUCAAAACAAAUUUAGGGUCAAAAUAGCAAAAUUGAAACAAUUCUCUAAGUUAACUUUGUUUAAAACCCUUCUUGGAAUUCCUGACCAUUCAUGAUGAAUAAUCCUAAAUCAUGGAGCCACAAUUCCUUUUAAAUAUUAGAGUUUGGGUCCAAAAUAUGUCUGUCUGGCCCAAAACUCUGUAAUAUUUAGUGUGUUAUAUAUUUUUUUGUUGUUGACAAACAUUUGUAGAGCAUAUCCAGAAAUGUAAUUGUGAUGCAGGGUAAACAUUUCAAAAUGAAAACAUCUAGAAUAAUUUAAAAUCUUUGUUGAAAUGCAACACUAAAACUUAUUGGCAAUAACAUAGCAACUGACCGUUAAAAAAAAAAAAAACAAUACACCCACAAAUGCCAAAAAUUUAUGACUGUGCGGAAAGUUUUCAAAUUUGGCAUGACUGUGCGGAAAAGCAGACAAAAACAGCAACUGUCUAAAAACGAGGUCAGUUGGCAGGUACUCUGAUUCUCGUAGCAAAUGUAUUCCUCUGUAGUCUAGCAUUAAUUUAUUUGAAGAAUGCAACAGAAUCUAGGACACUGGCUUCUACAAGCACAAUAAAAAAAAAAAAAAAAAUUAUUUUUUCCUUUGAAAUACCAUCAUUGACAAAAUAAUCGUAAAAUGACACUAAACAAAUACUGGUACAAUAAGGUUUAGAAAUGACCUCUUUAUCCAGCAAUGUUGUAGAUGCAUCUACAAUAUAGCAUUGGGAUAUUUAAUAAACUGGUCACAAUUUAUAAUUAUAUGAGACAAAGUUAUUCAGACUAUUGUUAUGAAAUAUUAUUCCCUGGAUAUGUGGUGAAGAUUAUUUUCGGUGGUUUCUAGAUGUUAGGAUGAUUAAUACAGGGUGGACCAAAAUUCAGAGUAGGUUUUGAGGAGUCAAUAUAUUUUCUAUUUUUUUUUUUUUUAUUAAUGAACCAGUUUCAAUGAUAUUGCAUACAAAUAAUGCUUAACAUAUAGAUAUUUGUUUGACUAGGUAAGGAAGAUGACAUCUUUUAAAUAAGAUCUAUUUCUUUUAGAUUAUCCCUAACCGAACAAGUUUUUUUUGAAAAUAAAAUAACACUAUUUUUUUUUUUUUACUCAAUGUUCCUUCGUGAAGUUACCCAUGGUGAAUCUUCCAAGACUCCGUUACUAUAUGUAACUGCAACAAACAUUUUUUAACUACUAACAAAUAAGUUAUUUACCUGUAAAUUCUACUCUGAAUUUUGCCCCACCCUGUAGUUAUUGCCAAAAACCAUUAGAACGAGAAAACCCAUCGAUGGGCCCAGACCGCUAGCAAAUAUGGCCUGUUGUUUACAUUGCAUCCUGCAAUUUGAGUAUCUAGAUAAUAAAGAUAGAGUUUAUCUAAGUUACUGCACUGUCUGCAGCCUAAUAGUUUUACUAUUCUUCUGUGAUAUGCUAUUAAUCCUUUAAGAACAAAGGUUAGAUUAAUCCCUUCAUAUCUUGAGAACCACACCUUAUUUGAUAAAACCUAGUGUAAAGGGAUAGAAUAUUUGUGACCCGGGGCUUACCAGCCUUACUGCAAGCUUUUGAAUGACUUGUAACUUUUAAUGUUUACCCCUGAAAGCUUGUUGAGAAGUGACUAUCCAGUUGGGAUAAAAUGGUUAUGUUAUUUGUGAUAUACAGACUCCCUAAAAAGGGACUGUGAUAUAACUAACCACUUUUUGAUACAUGAUGUGCCAAAGACUUCAUAGCAUAAAGAUAUUGUAUUGCCUUGAUGGAGUUUAUCAUGAUGGUCAGUGAGUUGUUGAUCUGGACGUUCCUGUAUCAUCGAAUGUAUGUGAGCAAUGUGAAUCUGACCAAUCUCCGUGAGACCUUGAGUAGAACAGCAGAGCAUUUCAGUCAUGAGAAUUCUGGUAUAAUGCACAUAUCUGGGAACAGUGCUGUGGAGAUAUCUCUCUUUCUCUCUCUCUCUCUCUCUCUCUUCUCUCUUUUUCUCUCUUUCUCUUUCUCUCUUUUCUCUCUUUCUCUUUCUCUCUCUCUUUCUCUUUCUCUUUCUCUCUCUUUCUCUUUCUCUCUCUCUUUCUCUCUUUCUCUUUGCUCUUUUUCUCUCUUUCUCUUUCUCUUUUCUCUUUCUCUUUCUCUCUUCUCUUCUCUCUUUCUCUCUUUUCUCUCUUCUCUCUUCUCUCUUUCUCUCUUCUCUCUCUCUCUCUUCUCUCUCUUUCUCUCUUUCUCUCUUUCUCUCUUUCUCUCUCUUUCUCUCUCUUUCUCUCUCUUUCUCUCUCUUUCUCUCUCUUUCUCUCUCUUUCUCUCUCUUUCUCUCUCUUUCUCUCUCUUUCUCUCUCUUUCUCUCUCUUUCUCUAACUUUCUCUCUCUUUCUCUCUCUUUCUCUCUCUUUCUCUCUCUCUCUCUCCUCUCUCUCUCUCUCUCUCCUCUCUCUUUCUCUCUCUUUCUCUCUCUUUCUUUCUUUUCUCUCUCUUUCUCUCUCUCUUUUCUCUCUCUCUUUCUCUCUCUCUUCUCUCUCUCUUUUCUCUCUCUCUUUCUCUCUCUCUUUCUCUCUCUCUUUCUCUCUCUCUUUCUCUCUCUCUCUUUCUCUCUCUCUCUUUCUCUCUAUCUCUCUCUCUCUUUUCCCCCACAUGUUAAAGAGGUAGUUGUAAUUGCAAAAUGGGAAGUUGGUCAGCAAAUGUAUUGGCCAUGAUCAAGAGUCUGUGAAACUGAAGUUACCUCCGAUCCCAGAGUUUGACAUAGGGUAUCAGACCAGGAGCAUAUGACCAAACUCAAGUUCCAUUGCCCAUAAAGGAAUUAAGAUGUUUUGGUUUGAAGAAUUGCUCUACACAAAAAGUUGGCAUCCUGACACAUCUUGGCAGCUGUGCUGAUAAACAGUGCCAGGAUUCCAGGUCUUCUUCACUUAGAAUAUCACAGCAAUGGUUACCCAAUCAUCUCUUUCAAUGAGUCUUGACUAAGUUGUAGAUGAUUACACAAUAUGAAUUGGACAAACGGGUUGGUUGGAAGAAGUAUUAAUGUUAAGUUAGGUCAUACUUAAAGCACUUCACUCCACUGCUCCAAGACUAGCCCUGGCUUUUAUUGAAGUUACAGGAGCCACAAUUCAAGAUAGUCCAGAUGGCAUACAAGGUAUUCUAUCACUUGUGACUUGGGGUAAAACUGGGUUUGUUUCUUUCUUGCCCUGCCUGUGUAUGUGCCUUAAAACUCCUAGGUAUGUGUACAGGAUUUUAAUCCUAUCCACACCUGACAGCUGCUAUUAAUUUGCCAGAGUAGGUUCUCUCAUACAGUUUUUUUUUUUUUUUCUUUUUUCAUGAAUGAAAUGUCACAUGUUCGUCCUCACCUUUUGGUGUCCGUGAGAACUAACUUCCUGGCUUUGGUGGAGAUGCUUGCCGGCGGCCAUGUGCCGGUGUAUCUGGCUCCUGUGGCAUGUUGAAAGACGCCGGCCGCUGUGGAUCCAUAUCAAUUUGUAGCCCCACGUCCGCCCAUGUUAUUGUCAAUGUGCGUGUGACGUCACGCAAAGGACAUGCACGCACGUUCUGGGUUCAUAGGCCGGAUACGGCCAAUCGGAUUUAAAGGAGACUUACUUAAAUUCCUUUCUUGCCUUUCCUCAUUGCCCCGUCGUGGUUUCCCUGUCAUGGUUGUCCGAGAGUGUGUUCCUAAGCGUUUAUUUCUGGUUAUUGUCUUAAGUCGGCAUUAAGUCCAGCCAUUCUAAGGCCAGUAAGACGUUACCUUUAGUCCUAGGUGUGAUACAGUUCUGCGUGCUGGAUCAAUCAGUAAUCGUGACAUGAAACUGCUUUUGGAUGGCUCUACUGCAGACUGUACAGCUUUUAGUAGAAGGCUGACAACUGCACUAUAUGCCCUUUAAAUGUAUCAUUCAAUGUACUAUUUUUACAACAUGCAAUUCUUAACACUCAUGAUCAACUCUAGCUAUGUAUUACAUUUCAGCUCCUUCCCUUAAUUUUUUUUUUUGUAACUAAGCUGUAUAUGGACUGUGGGGAUCAUCCCUCAUAUAUUGCAACAUUCCCUGUUUUGUAGGGUGCACACAUCUUUCCAAAAUUCUCCUUAACGCAGUUACUUUUACGUUUUCAACUAUCUUCAGAAGUUUUAUUUUAUUUAUUUUUUUAAUAUUUAUUUAACGAAGAGAAAAGAAAGCCUUUUAAAAUAACUUCAAUAUCUGAUGAACAAAUAUACAAAAAUUUUGGAUUAAUGCAAUGAAAUAUAAUCAUGCCUGUGAAAACCCAUUACUCUUUGAAAACUGCUUAAAAUGCAAACCGUUUUUUAUAAAGGAUUGAUGUUAAAUUACUACAUUUUGAAAAUAAUAAACAAACAGCUCAGCGGGCAUUACGCUGUGGACCCGUGCUUCUGGUGAAUUUUGUUUUUAAGGCUUUUGAUCUGUGCAUUAAUCAUUCAGUUCUGAGCUCUAAUGGUAGAAUUCUCUAUACUGCCAACCUUCCCUGUGGGAUCUCUGUCCCCCUGGCUUCAGGAAUACAUAACAGGAAGCUGAAUAUUCUGUGAACAGUGAAUUUGUUUUAGGCAUGUUGUAUUAAAAUUCAGUUGGGCAAAGGAAUUCUGGGAUAUUACUGGAGGGUGAGAGUGAAUUGACAUUUUCUAAUAAGAAGAGAUCAAAGAGAUAUUUUGUCUUAUUUUGCCUUUUAGUCUUUUCUGAGGGGACAGGGUAAUUCUCCAAAACACAGAAUGCGGUUAUAAAUCCAUAUAUUGGCGUUCUACACUAAUAGGGUUUUUAUUCGCCAUGGGUGCUCAUUCAAGUGGUUGUUUUUAUUUUUUUUAACAGUGGUCAACUAGAUGUGAAGUUGUGUACAGUAUAUGUUUUAACAGGACUAUAUACUACUAUGUGAGCCUACAAAUUUUUUUGGGUUUCCUUCUGUACCUUUGUGUUAGAGAAAUUACAUGCGUGUACUGACAUCCAUAUAUACCUACACAUUCAUAUUCACACAUAGUUAUUCCUUUUGUAUUCCUUUUGUAUUUUGUAUUCAUUCCUUUUGUAUGAACCUGCUCUGCUCUCGAUCCCUGAAUACAACUCUAUUUAUUUCCAUGGUAUGCUGGUUAGUAAUUGGUUAUCUUAGAUACUUGCUUGUUUGCUAAAGUCUUGAAUGAGGGUUGGGAUUUGAAUCCCGAAUGUUGUAUACGAAUUUAAUGUAUUGUCGUUUUGCUACUAUGUAAUUUUGUUUUGUGAUAGAGUUCACCAACGUGAUACAAUAAAGCUUAAUAUUUUAUAUGUGGUGGUGUGCUCCUAUGUGUAAUCUAGGUAGAUUUCCCUUGGGUCCUGAAGGGAAUAAGACCGCCUGUUGUUGGGAAACACAUACUGAAUGAAUGUGAUUAUGUUACAGACGUAAUGUGUGCCCUUCCCAACUGUUUUAUUUUCCAUGUUAUUAUUGUGAACGGGGCAUGACAUCUCAUUGGAUCAGGUCAAGACAGGGAGUACAUGUCCAUUAUUAUUACCUCUCAACUUUGGCAUCCAGUGAAGCACAAUGCUGGUUUGGUGGGUGAAAAGGAUGUGGGUCAGUGAUGCAAUUCAUGGCACAGGUGCCGCCUAUAGGGAUGGAUCCACCUGGAAAGGGGGAGGUCCACACAUAGAUUUGAAAGGCCAUCGAGGGAAGACUCUGUAGAGAGAUGUAAUUUGGGACAGUGGGAGAGGACCAAAAAAUCAAGAUUGUCCCAUCAAAAUCGGUACAGUUGGGGAGGCCUGUUAGCAGGAGUCUCCCGUUAGCUAGUUAGACUACGCUGGACUUGGUAAGGAUGAAUGCUGCUAUAGGAAAUACUUUUUAAUCUCUUUCAAAGAUCUGCUUGCUCUUUCCCAGGGGUGACCAAGUAUUCUUUCAGUAUCACGAUGAGAUCGAUGAGAGCGUCUCUUACUUAUUUUGAAGUUAGAUUCGGAUCGGUUCAUUUACAAAAAGUAACCGAGCAUAUUGCAGACUAUUGUGAGGUAGACCAGAAUACUCAGUGGAUAUCUAUGAGAAUUGAUCAGAUUUUAGUGUAAUGAUUGAUAGAAAUUUGAAACUUGUGUUUAGAAUGCUACCUGAUGGAUAGCUAGUCUUGUGAAAGGAAGCAUUGCUACAUAUGUAUGGCUACAUUCAAUAACUAAACUUGUGGUUUGUUGAUUAGAAUGUAAUGAAUAUAUGAUUAGAUGCCAGCCUAUAAUCGAAAAUGGAUCUAUGUAAUGUUGUUUUUUUUUUCUGUACUUCAUGCAGCUCUCUAUGCAAUGUGCUGGCAGGAUUACAAAGUAAAGUAUGUAUUAACAACAGAUUGAUUUGUUAUAUGAUGCAAUCUCAAGCUUUUUAUUCUUUAUUGUAACAGCUUACUGAGCCCCAGAGGGCUAUUUGGAAGCUGUGUUAGGACUAGCUGGGAGAUGUUAAAAAAUAAAUAAAAAAAAAAUAAAAAAAUAAAGUUUGCUAUAUGUAUGCUUUUAGAAAUCCUCACCAGAAGUGUGAAAUCUAUGUGAUAUAGAAUGGCAUACCAUUGAUUAAAUGCUACGAUGAUUAUAGGAAAGGUUUCUACAGAGCUGUUUAGCUGAGAUGAUGCAAAGGUAAUACUUUUAGUAGGUGGAAUUAGUACAUUGAGUAAGUAACUUGGUGAAAUCUACAGUAUUUGAGAGCAUUUGUGUACUGUUCGUUUACCAAAACUAUUCUAAAGUGAGACAGUCUAUGGUAUAGAAAAUGCUUAAUAACCAAGUCGUAGUAUGUGAGAUACAGCAGGACCCAAUUUUGUGUGCUAAGAUUCUGACAUCUCUUUGUUGCGUGUGGUGGAACAUUUAAAAGAUAUGUGAAGUUAAACCAUUUAGAAAAUAGUUUGCAAUAAUUAUAAAAAGAAGCCAUCAGGGUUGGACUUUCUUAAGGGGGUGUUGUUGAAUGACCAUUCAACAGAAAGAGAUUCGGGGCAAAAGAUUAAUCUGGUUAUCUGUUUAUAGGAGGAAGUUGUAUUUCACUAUAUUGUUUUGAUGGAGACAUUCAUUUAUCAACUUGUAAGUUACGUAAUAUCUCCUAUAAUGUUAUGAAUUCAUCUUGCUCAAUUUAGAAAUGUGUUGACAUGUGGGCUUUGCAGGUGAGAAUUUCUCGUUCAUAUUUGAUUAUAUAUAUAUAUAUAUAUAUAUAUUUUUUUUGCUAUUUACAUUUGUUGUGAUGUAUGAGAAAUACACAAGACAGGACCUGAGAAGGACCUGAAACGUAUAGAGUGGUCAUUUCUGCAUGUCUGUACCCUGUGGUAGAUGGAAUAAAAAGAGAAAUAAUCAAUUACCUCUGUAAAUGUAUGCACUGUAGUGCACUUCUGUGUUAUAGCUUGUUAUCAAGAGUGGAUGGCUCUGUCUGAAGGUAGAAACAACGACGCUGGGAGAAUUCCGGAGCCCUUGGGGCAAUUCCAGAGUUCUUACUGCAAAACAGUAAAUUUUCUCUACCUUGAAGCCCCCAUAAUUGAACUUGUUAAUUUUGUUGAUUUCGAUUAGGUAUUUGUGUCAGGUCCCACACCCCAAGCCUAACAUCUUGAUAGAUCACACAAAGCAUUACAAAACCUCAGUUUGGUUAUCAUGUUGCAAGACCUUGUUAAUCAACCAAAAAGUGAGGAAUGACCUUGGUGAUUGACUUGAUGUUUACUGUAUUCCUCAUGUUUCUGUCGGGAAAUGAUCCUGCCUAUGUUAUGAUAUCCACUUUCUUGUGAAAUCUAUCUCAAAAACUUUGUCAAAAGCCUACUUAUGGUGAUCUUCCCUCAUGCUUAUAAUUUACACUGGGAGUAAGAUGAAGACAUAACUAAGUACCACAGUUAUAGAAAUCUGUUCUUUAACAGAUCACUAAAGGCACACCGACUACGUCCUCUCAAUGAAGUGGUCUGGGCACAGUGGCCCUGUAGUUUUAACUCUGCAAUGAAAAAUGGUUCUAUUGCAGGGUUAACACAUUACUUAGUGGCUGUCUUCCUGAAGACCACCAAAGGUCCUUCUUCCCUUCGAGUACUGUGUCAGACUCUGUACUCUGUGGCUAAUUGCUGAGUACGCUCUCUAGCCUCUCAAUGCUUUCCUAUGGGAAAUCAUUGGAUUGGCUGAGAUCACCAGGAUUCAUUUAAAGUGGAUUGAUAUGAAACAGGGGUAGCCAAAGGGGGGAAUCGUAUCUGUUGCAGAUCUACUACUGCCAUAAUGCAUUGCCAGCCUUAAGACUAAUGUUGAUUUACUGACUUAACUUUUUUCUAUUCCUGAUAUAAAAUAUUGAUAAUGAAUUCUACUUACUCAUUUAAAAAAUAAAUUCAUGAAAACACUGCAUACCGGGAACACACCACAAGACUUGUCAGUUUGGAGAUGCUCUGACCAAAUUGUCUAGCCAUUACUAUUUGGCUUUUGUGAAAGUCCAUCAGAUCUCUUCGCUUCCCAUUUUUCCUGCUGUGAAAGAAUUUACUUUGAUUCCAAGGUUCAAGCUUAUAGGCAUCUUAUUAGAUAGCCUAUAUUAAAAUUGGCUAACUUGGACUCAGGAAAUGCCUAAUGCUUAAAACGACACUUGCGACCAUACAUGUCUAGUUCCGGGAGCAGAUACCCCCCACCUGAGCUGUCUCUCCUAAAUCAGUCUGUUCCUUCUUUUUCCCCGAACGUAUCUGUUAUAUGUACAUGACGUUCAUCCCUAUGUCUUAUCUGUAAUCCUUUCAGCCUUUCACUCCCUUCCUACUACUGUUCUAUGAGUAUUUGCACGUAAGCACUUACUUUUUAAUGUAUAAAAACACAUACUGAUAAAAAACAAGAGAGGCUUAGUUUGAUAACCAACACGCGUCUGGUGAUAUCCCUCUCACUGCUCCCAACACAUGAAAUUCAAGAACUGACUGUUAACCUGCUGCCUAAUAUAUCUCACCCCUUGACAGGUGCCAUUGUAACAAUAUUAUCAAUGUUAUUCACUUCACCUGUCAGUGGUUUUAAUGUUGUGGCUGAUCUGUGUGUGUGUGUGUGUGUGUGUGUGUGUGUAUAUGUAUGUGUGUGUGUGUGUGUAUGUGUAUAUAUAUAUAUAUAUAUAUAUAUAUAUAUAUAUAUAUAUAUAUUGACGUGCAUAGUUCUGUAUAUACAACUAAUCUUUACAAAGAGAAUACUUCUAACUUUUAAUUCCCAUGACCUGUUCCUGAGAAUUCAGAAUAAUUCCUACAUGAUACUACAUGACAUAAGAUUAGUCAGUCACAUCUUGUUCUCUUGCUCACAUUCCUCUACCAUAUCCACCUCCACGUAAAAUUACAUUUCUCUUCGUAAAACAUUCUUUACAAUUUUUAGCAUCUUCACAUAUUUCUGCUGCGUUUGUGGUUUUUAGGAAAUAAGAAAAUAUGUGCCGUGUGUUUAAAUGAACGUCAUGAACAAUGGCAAAGUAAUAUUCUAAAUAUAGAAGUAUUAAGUAUAAAAUCUGAGCUAACUUUCUAAAAUAGUCAUUGUUUAUUAAAAAGGGACACAUACUGUAGCAAUGUAUGUUAAUUGUACUUGAUUUGAUGAAAGCAACUCCAAUGUAUCUGUCUUCAUUUUGCAUGUGAUGUGAAACUUAUAUGUUUAUUUUUUUAAAAUAUAUGUGUAUGUUGCUGAUCUGCAGGUUCAGUGAUAUGAUAGCUUCCAGACAAGACCUCGUAAGGUUGAACCUUUUGGAUACUGCCUACAGUUUUUUUCUCAGAAUGUGUGACCCUACUAUUGGCCAUAAUUUCAUGACCAUAAGCACAAUGUCACACUUAACAGCUAUAUUUCUAUGAUCAAUCAUUUGCUCUUGUCUAGUUUACCGACUGAUAUGUUCGUGUUCCUAAACGAAUGCAUGAGCCGAUAUUUUCAUCUGCUUGCUUGAGAUUUGGUAUUUAAUCAUUUGGUUGAAAUAAGUGGCUAACUCUAGAGCCCUACCGUAUAUGGAGAUGCUUUGGACAGUUCCAGACUUGGUACACUUGGAUAAAGUAACUGGGAGCUCAUUAAAUAACAUUUCUGUAAUGGGACACCCUAUUUGUAAGACAUUCUCAGUUGAUGUGGAACAACAAAGAAACACCAUUACUUAUAUAACAAUAUAUUUAUCCCAGGCAGCUCAGGUUGUAGAUGUACUUGUUACAUGUUUAAUACGGACAAGUCUUGCACAAUAGUAGACUAGUCUGGAAAUGAUACUAUUAAAUAGACAAGGCUAUCUCAAUAAAUGGAUAGCAUAACUUUGAAGAUGAGGCCCUCCUGGCUAAUGCACAGAUUAUAAAUGCUUUUAGAUGCAUUAAGGAUUCUUCAAUCAAAGCCAUGAAGACUGUAGUUGACAUUAAACAGAGAUAUUAACGGAAACCUUAUUUAAUAAUCCGCUGGAGAUGAAAGGAAAACUAAGGCAGAAUUUCUGUUAAUGAUUUCAAAAUGCAGUAAACACAUAAAAAUUAAAACUGAUAGAAUGUCAAAUAAAAUUAGGCGGUUUAACUUUGUAGAUAAAGUUGCAAAUGCCUGUAUACAGACGUUGGAUAAUAUUCAGGAAACCUAAUUGUAUUGUCUAUGGCAAGCUUUGUAGAGAAAAAAAUAAUGAAAUCUAAUUCUCUGCCUUUCGUUGUCAUUCGUUGGACAGAUUCAUAUUUGAUAAUGUACAAGUGUAAUUCCUGCAAUAUUGUUACAGCUGCAGAGGGGACAGGUAAUGAGUAGGGGGGGGGGGGGACACCCCAAUUUUUUGUUAGACUACUCCAAAAACAUCUUGGGCUCAAUACAUUGGCUGUAGUGUAGUAGUGAAAAUGUUUAAUUAUCUCUAAAAGGUACUAAAUAUGCAAAACUAAUUGUAGGAGGAAUUUCUUUUCAUCUAAACACACAGGAAAUAUGUUAAAAAGGCAACUGAAUCAAAAUACAGAAUUAAUGUAAGUGUCAAGUCACUACCUAGCUUGUUUGAUUUCUGAAAACUUUAAGCACAUAUUUGUUAAACUGCAAAUAAGCAAAAACAUGCCUAAAUAAUGUAAGAAAUGAUCAUCAAAAAUGCACUGGCCCGGGGUUGUGAAUUCAUGUUCUCAGGGAGUAUAACGUCAAAUAUAAGAUUUCAGUAAAUGAUACAGAAUGUGUACACAAUGUUAACAACUACUCCAGGAACAGCCUUUACUUGCAUGCUUAAUAAUAAUCAAAGUAUCUUAUGCAGAAGAAUGUGUUUUUUAUUUUUUUUUUACACAUGCAGGUUUGUCCUGGAAUUACUUUUUUUAAAUCUUUUUUUACCCUACUCAUUUUACUGAUCUCAGUAGUAUAAAAUGCUGACUUGAUGCUGCCAGGAAUUGAGGCUGAAGACCUGAGAUUUGAAAAGGUUCUUCAGUAGUAGAACUGCCUACUUGGCUAUCUCAAAGUUAUGCUAUAGCAUUUCUGGGAACAAAAAAACCUUUAUUUACUUUUUUUAACAAGCUAGUGAAUGAGUAAAAGUAGGUAAGCACAUUAUAUUUUUACCUGCAUCUCUUAACCCUAUAGUUUCAUUACGAUUCCCAGUGUGUAGAGCACGGUUUUGAACUGUGUUCAGGAUAAUGAGACUUCUAGUCGAACCUCUUCUGUGAAACAGCAGCUUAUCAAUCUUGCUUCAUGUCAUAUAUAUAGUAAAAAAAAAAAAAAAAUUACCAUUAAAGAGGUAACAAAUCUUGCUGCAUAGAUGCCAAAUGUUGAAAAUAAUUUCCAUGGACAUUUUGCCGCAAAGUAAUCAAGUAAGCAAUUUGUUUACCUACCAGUUCCCAUAGCUCUACCCACUAUACCGUGCCCUCUAAGCCCUGCCAUAUUACACUAGAGUCUACCUUUUAGCAAUGAUAGCCAAUAACUACCUGUCUCUAAUGGUGAAAUUGUGUAGUUGGUAAAAUGUCCCUGUUUGCGAACAAUAGCAGCUGGCACGUCAGCACGUUAUGAUACUUGGUAAAAAGUAGCGACAACAUUGGAAAGGACAGCAAGAUUCUAUUGCUUUAAUAAUGUAAUCACAGUUUAGAUUAGAUUAUGUUCGAGGCAAUUUUAAAACCUGGGCAGUCUCCUGACUGUUGGCAAAUAGGAUUCCUGCUAGUGGCAGGGCUGAAAAUGAACGAUAUCACCAUGAUUCUCUCUUCUGACCAACUCAGAAGAGUCAGUCCGUAUAAACAGUGUCCGGUAUCUGCAAAAAUAAACGCUGCUUUUGAAAACGGGUUUUAAAAUCAACCUGUUUGCAACACACAUAAUUAUGGUUUGAAGAUUUUUUUUUACUUACUAUUUUUUUUUUUUCAAUUUUAUACUAAUGAAGUGUCUCGAAAGAUUUACCCUUGUCAUGUAUGGCAUAGCAUAUUUGGCCAUAACCAAUUAAACUACAUUAAGGGAGCACUUGGAGAACCAUAAGCAUUACAGCCCCAUGUAGUGGUUAUGGUGUAGCUCAAUGGCAGGGCAUAGAGAGGGACCUGGUGCAAGAAUUUCUAUAGGCCUUCCCUAUUGGCCAAAGGUGGUGCAGCGUUGGUUUUUGAAUGUCGACGGUAUGUUUGUAUAUAAUCUCUGUUUUAAUGCAGAGUUGGGUUGACAUUUUAAAUGCAGAGGUGUAUUGUUGUAUAAUGUUGGUGUUUGCAUGCUUAGAUGAAUGCACAUAUAGGCAUACACUGCCACACACACCCACACUGAUCCACAUAUACACACACUGACACACACACACUGAUCCACAUAUACACACACUGCCACAGAUAAACAGACAUACCGAAUCACACACAGACAAAUAUGCAGAUACACAAACAUACAGAUACAUACUCUGACACACAUGCACAUACUGACACUCAUCCAGGCACAAUGACACACAUACAGAAACUGACACACACGAUGACAAACAUACAGUCACGCAUGCUGCUCAUCUUUUAGCGACCCUCCUGUUUCCUAUCUUUUGGUUGCAGGAGGUUGACUUCUGCUGGCUAGUGCUGUUGGGAGUCAGUUUGACGUUCUCCCUCUCCCUGCUCCAUGUAUGUUAUCUUGGAGGAAGCGGACCAGCACCGCCGAUGUUAGAGGGAUCCAAUUACACUGUUAAAGGAUGGCUGCAGCACACGACUGGACCCCUGAGGACAAUUGGUGGCCCUAAGUAUAUGGGCCGCCUCAGGGUGCGGGCCCUGGUGUGGCUGCAAUGGCAGUAGUUACAGCGCUGGUGUAACGAGUAACCUGGUGCCCUCCCAGAGGGCUCUAUUAAACUGUUUAGUUAUGCUUCUAUAACUUACCUGGGUCUAUCUGCCCCUCCUCAAAUAGGUCUUUGCUAAGUUAAACAAAACCGAUACAGGACUGUGCUUAUUUGUUGAGUGCACUCGGCUGACAUAGGCUGUAGUCAUUUUAUUGCUUGACGUGUUCCUUCAUUCUCAUCACUUAAGAUAAAAAAAAAAUUGCCUUAAUAGCAUGUGUUUAUGAAUAAUUUAGCUUUUCUUAUGUUUUAUUUUAAGUUUUCCUACGAAAAUAUAAAAAAUCUGCAAGGGUAGCACAUUGGUAUUCUUAGGCAACCAACAUUAAUUCAUAGGUAGAAUUUGUAUUCAUGAACUUUAAGUCACUUCAAAAGGUGAUAUAGAAGGCAAAUUGUAAAAAUAAAAUAAAAAUAUAGUCAAGUCAUUGAAGGCAUGCUAAUGGUUUAAAAUAGCAUGCUCAUAUUUGCAAGUAGAUGUUUUGAAUGCCUUUACAUUAGUUUCCAAGCUCUCAUAUUCAAGAGAGAAUGUUUGAGUUUUACAUAAUCUAUUGCAUGCGUUCCAUUUCUGCGUCCCAUUAUCAUUUGAUCAGCCUCCAGUCUAGCUCUGUUUUGCCCUGGAUACAAUUAAAGUUACACGUACAUAAAUUAACUCUGUUUACAUUCUAUCUGCCUGCAGUUCUGAUCUGCAUCUAGCAUAGCAUGCAUUGACUUGGUUUUUAGGUACUUAUCUGACACCUGUGUGUAUCUCCUGAUUUAACAUCAAACGGUCACGUCUGGAAUAAACUUCCUGUUUUUAAUGCAUUUUACAAGAAAGCUAUGCAUAUCACAUGCUAACACAAAGAUAAAGCACCGCGCUGACAGCAGCAGCAGCUUAGUAUCCAGCAGCUCAAAAUACAUAAUAAAAACAAAGAGAACGUUACCGGCGCUCUGGCCUAAAUCCCCAUGUGCAUUUAAAUAAAAUGGAGGCUCUUUAGUUUUAUUCCAAUGGCCAUUUGAAUAUAUAAGCUCACCUGCCACGUCAAGGCAAGCCUCAAUAGGUGAGUCCUACACUAGCCAUUAGAUAUGCUGAAAUCAGCCAAGAAUCUCCAGUAAAACAGGAAGGAGUAUUUUAUAAACCCUUUCACAUUUUGGGGAUUUAGGCCAGAGCGCAGGUAAUGUUCUCUUUGAUUUUACUCAUAUCACAUGGUUUACAGGUUUUUCCAAAUGCCAGGCAACUUCCUUUUGGCAGCUGCCUAUUUCGAGAUAAUCCGUAGUUGUUGUGAGCUUGUUUCAAUCCAAUGCUUCUCAUAGAGUGGUUUUGGUGCUCAAAGUGUCCCUUUAAAUCCCUCAGUGCAGUUCAGCAAUGCAAGAAACUUCCAUUCAACACUAAAAUUUACUUUUACACUUGUUUUUUUUUUUUACUUUUUUUUUAAUAAAUCACACUUAAAUAUCAAAAUGUGAGCAGACCACGUGUGGUUUAAUUUGUAUGGAUAAUUAGGGAACUAAGAAACUGAAUAUUUUGUUCUAAGAGAGGAGACUCGUAUGAAGAUGGCUGUUAUAUUUACCGAAUGCAAUAAAAUCUGCAUUCUGUCCCUUUAAUAGGGUUGGUGUUUGCGGUAUUUGAAUAUUGAAUUGGAUAUUUUAGCACUUUGUUUAUAGUUGAAAAGAAUGAUAAUUACCCUUCUUGUGUCAUUUAUCAAUGUCAGAAGCCUUACAAUAGUAGUUUGAAAAAGCAACGCUUUGUGUCUGCAAAGUUUGUUCAGGAAUGAAAUCUUACUUAACAAAGAUAAAUAGAAUAAAAACAGUUUACUCACAAAACAGUUAAUUGUGUCGCAUAAAAACCCAGUGAAUUGCAAGAUAACCUAUUUAUUUAAUUUUUAUAAGCCCAUUUUUGAUUUUUAAUCUUUGUGAAUAAACAUGUAUGAAUUAUACAUAUAGCAUUGUCAAUUAGAACUCUAUGGUUUGCCAAAUUAAAAUGUAUUUAAAAGUAAUAUUUAUAUCUAACAGUUCUCCAAAUAAUAAUUUGUAUAAAAUAUAUUAUGGAGUGAAUGAGUCUAAUGUUUUCUAUUGAUAAAACACUAUUUGAUAAUGUUCUGGUUGAUGUACGAGAUUAGAAGCAAUAAUUUAAAAAAUUCAAGCAACAAACCAGUUUAUUGUUUUAUUUUACUCACUAUUUGUUAAAACAUAUUAAAGCGGCAUUGUCACACCUCCUCCCGGCCUGAAAAGAAUCAUUCUGAAAUACUCAUAUUGACUGUGUUUUGAAUUUCACUCAAAUUUCAACCCAGUCAAGAGAUAUACUGAGAUAAAGUAGGGACUACCAUUCUAGACACUGGGUGGAGCUACCGCCGUCUAGAUGUGUCUGUCCCUCAUCAUUUACCAGUGAAGGCCAGUGGUGUAUCCUGGUUUUGUGGUGCCCAAGGCAUGCCAAAACUCAGGCGCCCUCCCGCCACCCGCCCUUCCCCACCUUCUAAGUACACACACACACAUUCACUGACAGACACGCAUACACUAGCUAACAGACACAUACAGUCACUAGCAGACACACACAUUCACUAACAGACGCAUACAUUCUCACUGACACACAUAGUAACACACUCCCUAACACACACACACUCCCUGACAUACACUCACUAACAGACACACUCACUAACAGACACACUCACUAACAGACACACACUCUCACUAACAGACACACACACACUCACUAACAGACACAAACAUAGUAACACACUCCCUAACACACACACACACUCCCUGACAUACACUCACUAACAGACACACACACUGACACACUCACUAACAGUCCCACACACACUAACACACACACUAACAGACACACUCACUCAUUAAUACACACACAAACAUUAACACACUCACUCAUUAAUACACACGCAAACAUUAACACACUCACUCAUUAAUACACACGCAAACAUUAACACACUCACUUUUUCGUUUAAAAAUUUAACCCCCCCCAGCCUCCUUACCUUUAGGAAUGCUGGGGGGAGGGGGGUAUUCUCCCUCUCUCUGUAGCUGCCGGUCGGUCGGGCAGGCGGCGCUGGCGAGGGAACACUUAACCCUGAGCUCUCUGCUCAGCUCCCUCGCGCGCCGCCCGCAGAGUGAUGCUUGGAGCCAGAAUAUGACGUCAAAUUCUGGCUCCCGCCCGCACAGAUUUUUACUUUUUUGCCGCCCCCUGGAAAAUGCCGCCCAAAGCAAAUGCCUUGUUUGCCUCACGGCUAAUACGUCCCUGGUGACGGCUGCAGGGAAUUAGCUUUACCUAUAGUGGAUCCUGCAAUCUUGCAGGGUCCUCCAUAGACCUCAAUGCUGUACUCUCACAUAUGCGCAAGAGUACAACAAUAGUGAUGUCUGUUCGUGGAGCUAAAUUGCCAGACGAUGAAGAGGAUCCGCUGGAAUAAGAUGGUAGUGCCCAUGAGAGACAGGUUCAGGUAAAUAGAACUUACUUUUGCCUUCCUGUGGCCACCAGACCCCCACUGGUGAUGUCACCAUUGGUGGGACUUGCAAAUUCUGCAAAGUCCCUAGACAGUAAUAGUCCUGCUUUAAGUAUGUAGGGUGGCAACGCCAUUUUGGGGUCUAUUCAAGACAAGGGUUCUGCAAAUGUGAUGAAAGCGUUAUUAAAAGACCUAAUGCAUUUUGUAUACACCAGCACAUACGCAUAGAAUGUAUUUUAACUAUGUAGUUUAGUUUAAUAAACAGUUUCUUGAGUAGGCUUGGUAAUCUUAUUUGCUGGGUUUCUAUUCAGAAUUAUGUAUUUUUGGCGAUAGUUACCAAUCAGAUCUAAUAUACUAUACUUGAUUGUCCUCUGCAAGACAUUGUGUGACCACCAAACAAGGUUUUAAAAAAGCCAAAAUAAAGAAAUAUAUGUUUAUAACAAUUUACUGCUACUACACCCAAUACAGUGAUUCACUAAAUGUUAUGUAGUGUAAUCAUUCAUGGCUAUAAAAAUUAAGAGAAAAGAAAAGUCUGGUGAUUAUAUAACUAUUGUUCCUAUCCUUCCAUCAUGUAACUUGUGUCAAAAUAAAACAUACGUAAAACGUUGUUUGUUUUGCUGUGGUUUAAAGGGCGUUGCAAGUCGUCGUUCUUAUGGUUAUGCGCAGUGGAUAUCUGUGUGAAUAGCACUAUCAUGUAUUUUUGUUUAAUAGUAAGUGUUUAUAAAUAUUCAAGCUUCAUCUAAAACAAUGGUCACCUCCAUGUGAAAAAUGAAUAUCUAAUUUUAGGGACUCAACAAGAUUUGAAUGGACGCUGAUUGGCCUGAAAGUAGUAGAUGAUUAUAUUAAAGUGGAUCUUUCACUUUCGUGGGUCUUUGCAUAGUUAAAGCUGUCCCUUGCAGUCGCCUCUGCCUUCAUUCUGCGCUCAUCUUCUGCUCCUGGCACUACAUUUGACAUGAACUGCGCCAGUGCAUGCAUGAGAGUUUAGCACUAAGGUCUGUGGAGGAGCCUUUAAGACAGUGGGAGUCUCCAUAGAUCAAUGUCUGAAUCCAGCAGCCAUCAGCCAUCAGGGGUGGAGCCGUUCUGCCAUGGGGGGGUGCUGUGCUGCCAUCCUUCCCUGGUGGUCCAGUGGUGAGAGUGAACUCUAGCCUGCAGGCUAGAGUUCACUCUCGUGAGAUCUGAGCACCACGAGAGGACCCAGCGGAGCUGCUGGUUAGAGCUCCGACGGUCCUCUCCUCCCUCCCCAGCCGGCGGCUGCAUCUCAGUGCCUGUGGGCCGGUGAGGGAGAUCUUUGAUCUCCCCACCGGCCCAUGGAGGCACAUAGCAGGGCCGGCACUCGGGUGGUGCUGGCCCUGCAGGGGCUGGCAGGGGAGACCCUGUGAUCUCCCCUGCUGGCCUCGGCCCCACGGCCAUCGCGGCCCACCAGGCAUUUGCCCGGUAUGCCCGAUGGCCAGUCCGGGCCUGAUGGUAAGUAUGGCCACUCUGCUCCCUCACACAGCUUUGGCCCUUGUGAUUCUGAGACACUAGCAACAACAUUUAUUCUAUCAAAAUAGCUCAAAUCUACGUAUAUAAAUAAAUGUAUUGUGGAACUUUGUGCAUAACAAAUUGUUGAUCUUGAAAAUCAUUUAUUACAAUAUACAGUUUUCACCCAUUAUUGUUUUCUCCCAAAUUAUUUUCACUGUAGGACUGAGCAGUGUGGUCAGAAUCGGGUCUCACUGUGAAAAGGCAUGCAAUCCUCGUAUGGGUAACAUCGCCAUUGGCAGGAGCUUACGGACACAAACGACGUGCGGUUACAAUAACACUGAACUGUUUUGCACGUACAGUGAAAAGCCUGACCAGACCUGCAAUGAGCCAAAGUGUGAUAAAUGUAAUACGGCACUCCCGCGACUUUCCCACCCACCAUCAGCCAUGGCAGAUUCAACCUUUAAAUUACCCCGGACAUGGUGGCAGUCGACCAGGGAUACUCCACAGGAGGUCAUACAGUUGGAUCUGGAAGCAAAGUUUUAUUUCACUCACUUAAUCAUGGUGUUCAAGUCUCCUCGGCCUGCUGCUAUGAUUCUGGAGAGGUCUCGAGAUUUUGGCCUUACUUGGCGCCCAUACAAGUUCUUUGCCACAAAUUGCCCUGCCACCUUUCAGCUUGCAGAUGAUGUUGUAGAAAAAGGAUCACUUUGCACUUCGAGAUACUCACAAGCUUUUCCAUGUAGCGGAGGAGAGGUAGGUGUUUUAUGUUUUUUAUCUGUUUUUUUUUUUUUUUUUUAAAUAAACUUUCACUGCAUCAAUUAUUCUAAAUAGUCUCCUGGGGUGGCAUAUAUUUUUUUUGGUCCCAUUUAUUACUAAUUGAAUAAUAUCAGUAUAACUUUUAUUUAUUUAUUGCCUAACUGUACUAAUUCCCAGGUAAUGUCAUCUUUAAAUUGCAUAAAAAUGUGUGAUCUCUUGCAUAAAAAAGGUGUUGAUUAAAUCACAAAACAUUGCCAACAUAAGACUGCAAUAUAAAAAAAAUACAAAAAGUUCAUGUUUGGCUGCGAUUUGGCUUAAGGUUAACACUCGUCAAGAAAGAUUAGCCUUGCCCUAAAUUAAUACAAAAAAAAUUAAAAAUCUAAAAAAUACAAUAAAUGUAGAACUAAACACGAAGUGAAACAAAUAUUUCAAAUUAAAAUCUGAAUAAAGUCAAGAAUGUGUGAGAUCAAAAAGUUAGUAUGUUAUACUAUGUUAAGAUUCAGAUUACAAUUUCCUUGAUUUGGGUAAGUGGUUAAUUUAAGAUAGCCAUGGCUACAUUAUUAGGGGUUAGCUUUCCAUUUUAACUUAUAGCAAUGUUGCUGAGGGCAGAAAAGAUAAUGACAGUAAAUAUAGAUACUUUUUUAGUUUUUGGUUAGAGUGGUGGAAACCUUGCACGUCUGCCUUACUUAUCCCGUCACUAUGUCAGUACCAUGGCCAGUACCCUAAUUGUAGCUUUUCUCAAGUUUACUGUGUGUCUGUGCAUGGCUACUGCUCAAAGGGAUUAGUUUAUAAUGAAUGAAAUUACAUACAGUAUAUUCAGAGUGAUUGCAAUUAGUGAAUGAGCCCUUUAUUUGGAAACGGUUAUUUUUUCCUUACAGGCUUCCAUAAUAAAAGAAUUUAACAAUGCCUGGAAUGUGUAUAAGGUUAUCUUGAAGAACAAAGAUGGGAAAAUCAGCCUGAGAUUUCAAUAUGGGCAGAUUAGUUGGUCUGCUAGGCUUUUAUCUGCGUGA